AUGCCAAGGGCAGUAGCUCUGCAUCCUGAUUUUAAAGCUAAUAUCUGGAGGUUAUAUGUUAAAAUGGGAGCUUGAAUUUCCUGUGAAGAGAUUUACCAGCCGGAGAUCCUGUAAAAAGCCCUGCUGAACACCAGCUCUGAGCAAAGCUCUGACACAUCUCCUCUUCACCAGCUCACUCGUGACUGAAUAACCACAGCCCAUUAUCACAACUUAAAAGUUGUAAUAAGACUAUUGGAAAUGAUAUACUGUAAUUCAACUCCUGCUCUUGCCCCUUUUUUGUCUCUCUCUCUCUCUCUCUCUCUCUCUCUCUCUCUCUCUCUCUCUCUCUCUCUCUCUCUCUCUCUCUCAGGUGUACUUUAAGCGGGAUGGAGAGUUGAUAGAGGUGAUAUCCUACAUCCACCCCUCAGCCGAGGACGGCGGUGGCUCAGCAGGGGUGCGGGGUGCCAGGCCACUCAUCAGCAGGGACCUGGACGACACCAAGCUGCAGAGGUCCCUCUCCCUGUUGGACCCCGAGGGCCGGCCAGCCCGCAUGUUCACCGAGAGCCCUGAGCGUCGUUGGACCCCGGGCCAGCACACCCAGGGUCGGCAGCAGCAGGAGCAGCCCAGCCCUGCCACGGAGGUCAUUCCAGAGACUGUGGUGAGCCGGGAGUUCCCCCGCUGGGUCCAGAGCACUGACCCACUCUACUACUUCAGCCACACCCACAUCUCCCAGAGUGAUGGCUCUGUGCUGGUGCAGGCCAGACUCACCUGGACCCUUAACCCCCAGCUGGACAAUGACGCCAUGUUCAGCUGUGAGGUCAAGCACCCAGCACUGUCCAUGCCCAUGCAAACAGAGGUCACACUGGGUGAGUACAACAGAAAUAUCCCUCCCCUAACCCACUUCUCUCUCCUUGUUUCCCCGCCGCCUUACUCAAUCUCUGAGACUCCUUAUGUAUCCCUCGCAAAUCACUCAGAACAACACUGAUUUCCAAUUGAUGCUUAAUUGUGUUACAGCUGAAUGCAAAACUCUAGUGACUGACAGGGCAAUUCAUCGAGCUGUCUGUUGCUAAUUUGAGUUAACUCACAACCGUUAUUGAAGAAGUCAACCUGAAUUAAGGAAGUCAAAUUAGAAUUUAAACACAGCCACGUGAUGUCCUGUAUUGGAGGAGGCGAUGCAGUGCUGAUAUGAUAAAUAGAAACAUUACCUUCACUGAGAAGGCAGAGUGUGGUGCAGUAAGGAGAGGCUGCUGGUACAGGUACAAGUUACACGCUGUGUGCACACUCCAUUUCCUCAGAGCUCCAGCUUUAAUCUCCUUCACACCUUUAGAGGUGCCUUCUCCUCCUGCUAGUGUCCCUUUCUCACCGUGGUGUGUUGAUAGACAUGGGGCGGCUCUGACUGCUCACCCUUUAACUGUGGGAAGCUUUUCAUAGUUUUGCUGUUAGAACAACAAUAACAGUGGAGCUAGAAAAACACUCAACCAACACAGAAGGACCAGUGUUUAGGGUCUAUAAAGGAUUUACCAAUCACGGCUAACAAGUGGCUAUGUGUCAGCAAAGAGCUAGCACAGUGCUUAAGGGCCUGCAUAGUGCAUAUCAUUUUACAUUUACAUUUACAUCAUUUAGCAGACGCUCUUAUCCAGAGCGACUUACAAAUUGGUGCAUUUAACUUAUGAUAGCCAGUGGGACAACCACCUUUUUUAAAUUAUUUUUUUAUGGGGGGUGGGGGAAGAAGGAUUACUUUAUACUAUUCCAGGUAUUCCUUAAAGAGGUAGGGUUUCAAGUGUCUCCGGAAGGUGGUCAGUGACUCCGCUGUCCUGGCAUCGUGGGGGAGCUUGUUCCACCAUUGGGGUGCCAGAGCAGCGAAUAGCUUUGACUGGGCUGAGCGGGAACUGUGCUUCCGUAGAGGUAGGGGAGCUAGCAGGCCAGAGGUGGAUGAACGUAGUGCCCUCGUUUGGGUGUAGGGUCUGAUCAGAGCCUGAAGGUAAGGAGGUGCCGUUCCCCUCACAGCUCCGUAGGCAAGCACCAUGGUCUUGUAGUAGAUGCGAGCCUCAACUGGAAGCCAGUGGAGUGUGCGGAGGAGCGGGGUGACAUGAGAGAAAUUGGGAAGGUCGAACAACAGAUGGGCUGCAGCGUUCUGGAUAAGUUGUAGGGUUUUAAUGGCACAGGCAGGGAGCCCAGCCAACAGCGAGUUGCAGUAAUCCAGACGGGAGAUGACAAGUGCCUGGAUUAGGACCUGUGCCGCUUUCUGUGUAAGGUAGGGUCGUACUCUGCAAAUGUUGUAGAGCAUGAACCUGCAGGAUCAGGUCACCGCUUUGAUGUUAGCCGAGAAUGACAGGGUGUUGUACAGGGUCACGCCAAGGUUCUUUGCACUCUGGGAGGAGGACACAAUGGACACAGUUGUCAACCGUGAUGGCGAGAUCAUGGAUCGAGCAGUCCUUCCACCGGGAGGAAGAGCAGCUCCGUCUUGCCGAGGUUCAGCUUGAGGUGGUGAUCCGACAUCCACACUGAUAUGUCUGCCAGACAUGCAGAGAUGCGAUUCACCACCUGGUUCUCAGAAGGGGGAAAGGAGAAAAUUAAUUGUGUGUCGUCUGCAUAGCAAUGAUAGGAGAGACCAUGUGAGGAUAUGACAGAGCCAAGUGACUUGGUGUAUAGAGAGAAUAGGAGAGGGCCUAGAACUGAGCCCUGGGGGACACCAGUGGUGAAAGCACGUGGUGCAGAGACAGAUUCUCACCACGCCACCUGGUAGGAGCGACCUGUCAGGUAGGACGCAAUCCAAGAGUGAGCAGCGCCGGAGAUGCCCAAUAAAUGUUCAAUCUGUUUAUAAUUUUAUAUUAAAGUAACUGCCCAGUGAAAAUCUCACUUUUAAAAAUUCAUAUUCUGUUAACUCAUCCAAAUAAUGUUAUUGACUCGUCCUAUACUCGUAUUUGUGGCCAAAGCAUAAAUUGUAGGGUAGAAAAAACACACAGACCAUUUCAAAUAUGCUUGCUAUUUCCUCAUGGAACAUGAUGUCAUCUCCUUGAGGAGGAUGAGCUGGCAAAUCAGCAGUUUAUAGAAGGAUGACCAAUCAUAGGUACACUUCAACUGUGAGAGACGGAAUCUAAAACAAAAAUCCAGAAAAUCACAUUGUAUGAUUUUUAAGUAAUUAAUUAGCAUUUUAUUGCAUGACAUAAGUAUUUGAUACAUCAGAAAAGCAGAACUUAAUAUUUGGUACAGAAACCUUUGUUUGCAAUUACAGAGAUCAUACGUUUCCUGUAGGUCUUGACCAGGUUUGCACACACUGCAGCAGGGAUUUUGGCCCACUCCUCCAUACAGACCUUCUCCAGAUCCUUCAGGUUUCGGGGCUGUCACUGGGCAAUACGGACUUUCAGCUCCCUAGCCAGUCUCCAGGACCUUGAGAUGCUUCUUACGGAGCCACUCCUUAGUUGCCCUGGCUGUGUGUUUCGGGACGUUGUCAUGCUGGAAGACCCAGCCACGACCCAUCUUCAAUGCUCUUACUGAGGGAAGGAGGUUGUUGGACAAGAUCUCGUGAUACAUGGCCCCAUCCAUCCUCCCCUCAAUACGGUGCAGUCGUACUGUCCCCUUUGGAGAAAAGCAUCCCCAAAGAAUGAUGUUUCCACCUCCAUGCUUCACGGUUGGGAUGGUGUUCUUGGGGUUGUACUCAUCCUUCUUCUUCCUCCAAACACGGCGAGUGGAGUUUACACCAAAAAGCUAUAUUUUUGUCUCAUCAGACCACAUGACCUUCUCCCAUUCCUCCUCUGGAUCAUCCAGAUGGUCAUUGGCAAACUUCAGACGGGCCUGGACAUGCGCUGGCUUGAGCAGGGGGACCUUGCGUGCGCUGCAGGAUUUUAAUCCAUGACGGCGUAGUGUGUUACUAAUGGUUUUCUUUGAGACUGUGGUCCCAGUUCUCUUCAGGUCAUUGACCAGGUCCUGCCGGGUAGUUCUGGGCUGAUCCCUCACCUUCCUCAUGAUCAUUGAUGCACCACAUUUACAUUUUAGUCAUUUAGCAGACGCUCUUAUCCAGAGCGACUUACAGUUAGUGCAUACAUAAAAAAAAUGUCAUACCCCCCGUGGGAAUCGAACCCACAACCCUGGCGUUGCAAACGCCAUGCUCUACGAACUGAGCUAAAUCCCCUGCCAGCCAUUCCCUCCCCUACCCUAGACGACGCUGGGCCAAAUUGUGCGCCGCCCCAUGGGUCUCCCGGUCGCGGCCGGCUACGACAGAGCCUGGAUACGAACCAGGAUCUCUAGUGGCACAGCUAGCACUGCGCCACUCGGGGAACUUCCUGACUGAUGUCUUGAGAUGUUGCUUCAAUAUAUCCAAAUAAUUUUCCUUCCUCAUGACGCCAUCUAUUUUGUGAAGUGCACCAGUCCCUCCUGCAGCAAAGUACCCCCACAACAUGAUGCUGCCACCCUCGUGCUUCACGGUUGGGAUUGUGUUCUUCGGCUUGCAAGCCAUCCCCUUUUUCCUCCAAACAUAACGAUGGUCAUUAUGGCCAAACAGUUCAAUUUUAGUUUCAUCAGACCAGAGGACAUUUCUCCAAAAAGUAAGAUCUUUGUCCCCAUGUGCAGUUGCAAACCGUGGUCUGGCUUUUUUAUGGUGGUUUUGGAGCAGUGGCUUCUUCCUUGCUGAGCGCCCUUUCAGGUUAUUAUUAUUAUUAUUUAUUUUUUUUCACCUUUAUUUAACCAGGUAAACCAGUUGAGAACAAGUUCUCAUUUACAACUGCGACCUGGCCAAGAUAAAGCAAAGCAGUGCGAUAAAAACAACAACACAGAGUUACAUAUGGGGUAAAACAAAACAAAGUCAAAAAUACAACAGAAAUACAUAUAUAUACAGUGUGUGCAAAUGUAGCAAGUUAUGGAGGUAAGGCAAUAAAUAGGCUAUAGUGCAAAAUAAUUACAAUUAGUAUUAACACUGGAAUGAUAGAUGUGCAAGAGAUGAUGUGCAAAUAGAGAUACUGGGGUACAAAUGAGCAAAAUAAAUAACAAUAUAGGGAUGAGGUAGUUGGGCGGGCUAAUUUCAGAUGGGCUGUGUACAGGUGCAGUGAUCGGUAAGGUGCUCUGACAACUGAUGCUUAAAGUUAGUGAGGGAGAUAAGUGUCUCCAGCUUCAGAGAUUUUUGCAUUUCGUUCCAGUCAUUGGCAGCAGAGAACUGGAAGGAAUUGCAGCCAAAGGAGGUGUUGGCUUUGGGGAUGACCAGUGAGAUAUACCUGCUGGAGCGCAGACUACGGGUGGGUGUUGCUAUGGUGACCAAUGAGCUAAGAUAAGGCGGGGAUUUGCCUAGCAGUGAUUUAUAGAUGGCCUGGAGCCAGUGGGUUUGGCGACGAAUAUAUAGUGAGGACCAGCCAACAAGAGCGCUCAGGUCACAGUGGUGGGUAGUAUAUGGCUUUGGAGACAAAACGGAUGGCACUGUGAUAGACUACAUCCAAUUUGCUGAGUAGAGUGUUGGAGGCUAUUUUGUAAAUGACAUCGCCGAAGUCAAGGAUCGGUAGGAUAGUCAGUUUUACGAGGGCAUGUUUGGCAGCAUGAGUGAAGGAGGCUUUGUUGCGAAAUAGGAAACCGAUUCUAGAUUUAACUUUGGAUUGGAGAUUCUUAAUGUGAGUCUGGAAGGAGAGUUUACAGUCUAACCAGACACCUAGAUAUUUGUAGUUGUCCACAUACUCUAGGUCAGACCCGUCGAGAGUAGUGAUUCUAGUCGGGUGGGCGGGUGCAAGCAGCGUUCGGUUGAAGAGCAUGCAUUUAGUUUUACUAGUGUUUAAGAGCAGUUGGAGGCUACUGAAGGAGUGUUGUAUGGCAUUGAAGCUCGUUUGGAGGUUUGUUAACACAGUGUCCAAUGAAGGGCCAGAUGUAUACAAAAUGGUGUCGUCUGCGUAGAGGUGGAUCUGAGAGUCACCAGCAGCAAGAGCGACGUCAUUGAUAUACACAGAGAAAAGAGUCGGCCCAAGAAUUGAACCCUGUGGCACCCCCAUAGAGACUGCCAUAGGUCCAGACAACAGGCCCUCCGAUUUCACACAUUGAACUCUAUCUGAGAAGUAGUGGUGAACCAGGUGAGGCAGUCAUUUGAGAAACCAAGGCUAUUUAGUCUGCCAAUAAGAAUGUGGUGGUUGACAGAGUCGAAAGCCUUGGCCAGAUCAAUGUAAACGGCUGCACAGUACUGUCUAUUAUCGAUCGCGGUUAUAAUAUCGUUUAGGACCUUGAGCGUGGCUGAAGUGCACCAAUGACCAGCUCGGAAACCGGAUUGCAUAGCGGAGAAGGUACGGUGGGAUUCGAAAUGGUCGGUGAUCUGUUUGUUGACUUGGCUUUCAAAAACGUUUGAAAGGCAGGGCAGGAUGGAUAUGGGUCUGUAACAGUUUGGAUCUAGAGUGUCACCCCCUUUGAAGAGGGGGAUGACCGCGGCUGCUUUCCAAUCUCUGGGGAUCUCAGACGUUACGAAAGAGAGGUUGAACAGGCUAGUAAUAGGGGUUGCGACAAUUUCGGCGGCUAGUUUUAGAAAGAAAGGGUCCAGAUUGUCUAGCCCAGAUGAUUUGUAGGGGUCCAGAUUAUGCAGCUCUUUCAGAACAUCAGCUGUCUGGAUUUGUGUGAAGGAGAAGCGGGGGGGGCAUGGGCAAGUUGCAGCGGAGGGUGCAGAGCUGGUGGCCGGGGUAGUGGUAGCCAGGUGGAAAGCAUGGCCAGCCGUAGCAAAAUGCUUGUUGAAAUUCUCGAUUAUUGUAGAUUUAUCGGUGGUGAUAGUGUUUCCUAGCCUCAGUGCAGUGGGCAGCUGGGAGGAAGUGCUCUUAUUUUCCAUGGACUUUACAGUGUCCCAAAACUUUUUGGAGUUAGUGCUACAGGAUGCAAAUUUCUGUUUGAAAAAGUUAGCCUUUGCUUUCCUAACUGCUUGUGUAUAUUGGUUCCUAACUUCCCUGAAAAGUUGCAUAUCGCGGGGGCUAUUUGAUGCUAAUGCAGUACGCCACAGGAUGUUUUUGUGCUGGUCAAGGGCAGUCAAGUCUGAGGAGAACCAGGGGCUAUAUCUGUUCUUAGUUCUGUAUUUUUUGAAUGGGGCAUGUUUAUUUAAGAUUGAGAGGAAAUUACUUUUAACGAACAACCAGGCAUCCUCUACUGACGGAAUGAGAUCUAUAUCCAUCCAGGAUACCUGGGCCAGGUCAAUUAGGAAGGCCUGCUCGCUGAAGUGUUUUUGGGAGCGUUUGACAGUGAUGGGGGUGGUCGUUUGACCGCGGACCCGUUACGGACGCAGGCAAUAAGGCAGUGAUCGCUGAGAUCCUGGUUGAAGACAGCGGAGGUGUAUUUAGAGGGUAAGUUAGUCAGGAUGAUAUCUAUGAGGGUACCCAUGUUUACGGAUUUAGGGUUGUACCUGGUAGGUUCGUUGAUAAUUUGUGUGAGAUUGAGGGCAUCUAGUUUAGAUUGUAGGAUGGCCGGGGUGUUAAGCAUAUCCCAAUUUAGGUCACCAAGCAGUACGAAAUCUGAGGAUAGAUGGGGGGCAAUCAAUUCACAUAUGGUGUCCAGGGCACAGCUGGGGGCUGAGGGGGGUCUGUAGCAAGCGGCAACAGUGAGAGAUUUAUUUCUGGAAAGGUGGAUUUUUAGAAGUAGAAGCUCAAACUGUUUGGGCACAGACCUGGAUAGUAUGAUAGAGCUCUGCAGGCUAUCUCUACAGUAGAUUGCAACUCAAAUCAAAUCAAAUCAAAUUUUAUUGGUCACAUGCGCCGAAUACAACAGGUGCAGACAUUACAGUGAAAUGCUUACUUACAGCCCUUAACCAACAGUGCAUUUGUUUUAAACAAAAAAGUAAGAAUAAAACAACAACAAAAAAGUGUUGAGAAAAAAAGAGCAGAAGUAAAAUAAAGUGACAGUAGGGAGGCUAUAUAUACAGUAAAAUAAAGUGACAGUAGGGAGGCUAUAUAUACAGGGGGGUACCGUUGCAUAGUCAAUGUGCGGGGGCACCGGCUAGUUGAGGUAGUUGAGGUAAUAUGUACAUGUGGGUAGAGUUAAAGUGACUAUGCAUAAAUACUUAACAGAGUAGCAGCAGCGUAAAAAGGAUGGGGUGGGGGGGGCAGUGCAAAUAGUCCGGGUAGCCAUGAUUAGCUGUUCAGGAGUCUUAUGGCUUGGGGGUAGAAGCUGUUGAGAAGUCUUUUGGACCUAGACUUGGCACUCCGGUACCGCUUGCCGUGCGGUAGCAGAGAGAACAGUCUAUGACUAGGGUGGCUGGAGUCUUUGACAAUUUUGAGGGCCUUCCUCUGACACCGCCUGGUAUAGAGGUCCUGGAUGGCAGGGAGCUUUGCCCCAGUGAUGUACUGGGCCGUACGCACUACCCUCUGUAGUGCCUUGCGGUCAGAGGCCAAGCAGUUGCCAUACCAGGCGGUGAUGCAACCAGUCAGGAUGCUCUCGAUGGUGCAGCUGUAGAAUUUUUUGAGGAUCUGAGGACCCAUGCCAAAUCUUUUUAGUCUCCUGAGGGGGAAUAGGCUUUGUCGUGCCCUCUUCACGACUGUCUUGGUGUGUUUGGACCAUGAUAGUUCGUUGGUGAUGUGGACACCAAGGAACUUGAAGCUCUCAACCUGUUCCACUACAGCCCCGUCGAUGAGAAUGGGGGCGUGCUCAGUCCUCUUUUUUUUCCUGUAGUCCACAAUCAUCUCCUUUGUCUUGGUCACGUUGAGGGAGAGGUUGUUGUCCUGGCACCACACGGCCAGAUCUCUGACCUCCUCCCUAUAGGCUGUCUCAUCGUUGUUGGUGAUCAGGCCUACCACUGUUGUGUCGUCGGCAAACUUAAUGAUGGUGUUGGAGUCGUGCCUGGCCAUGCAGUCAUGGGUGAACAGAGAGUACAGGAGGGGACUGAGCACGCACCCCUGAGGGGCCCCCGUGUUGAGGAUCAGUGUGGCAGAUGUGUUGUUACCUACCCUUACCACCUGGGGGCGGCCCGUCAGGAAGUCCAGGAUCCAGUUGCAGAGGGAGGUGUUUAGUCCCAGGAUCCUUAGCUUAGUGAUGAGCUUAGAGGGCACUAUGGUGUUGAAUGCUGAGCUGUAGUCAAUGAAUAGCAUUCUCACGUAGGUGUUCCUCUUGUCCAGGUGGGAAAGGGCAGUGUGGAGUGCGAUAGAGAUUGCAUCAUCUGUGGAUCUGUUGGGGCGGUAUGCAAAUUGGAGUGGGUCUAGGGUUUCUGGGAUUAUGCUGUUGAUGUGAGCCAUGACCAGUCUUUCAAAGCACUUCAUGGCUACAGACGUCAGUGCUACGGGUCGGUAGUCAUUUAGGCAGGUUAUCUUAGAGUUCUUGGGCACGGGGACUAUGGUGGUCUGCUUGAAACAUGUUGGUAUUACAGACUCAGUCAGGGACAUGUUGAAAAUGUCAGUGAAGACACUUGCCAGUUGGUCAGCACAUGCUCGGAGUACACGUCCUGGUAAUCCGUCUGGCCCUGCGGCCUUGUGAAUGUUGACCUGCUUAAAAGUCUUACUCACAUCGGCUACGGAGAGCGUGAUCACAUAGUCGUCCGGAACAGCUGGUGCUCUCGUGCAUGCUUCAGUGUUGCUUGCCUCGAAGCGAGCAUAGAAGUGGUUUAGCUCGUCUGGUAGGCUUGUGUCACUGGGCAGCUCACGGCUGUGCUUCCCUUUGUAGUCUGUAAUAGUUUUCAAGCCCUGCCACAUCCGACGAGCGUCAGAGCCAGUGUAGUAUGAUUCAAUCUUAGACCUGUAUUGACUCUUUGCCUGUUUGAUGGUUCGUCGGAGGUCAUAGCGGGAUUUCUUAUAAGCGUCCGGGUUAGAGUCCCGUUCCUUGAAAGCGGCAGCUCUACCCUUUAGCUCAGUGCGGAUGUUUCCUGUAAUCCAUGGCUUCUGGUUGGGGUAUGUACGUACGGUCACUGUGGGGACGACAUCAUCGAUGCACUUAUUGAUGAAGCCAGUGACUGAUGUGGUGUACUCCUCAAUGCUGUCUGAAGAAUCCCGGAACAUGUUCCAGUCUGUGCUAGCAAAACAGUCCUGUAGCUUAGCAUCUGCGUCAUCUGACCACUUUUUUAUUAGCCGAAUCACUGGUGCUUCCUGCUUCAGUUUUUGCUUAUAAGCAGGAAUCAGGAGGAUAGAGUUAUGGUCAGAUUUGCCAAAUGGAGGGCGAGGGAGAGCUUUGUAUGCGUCUUUGUGUGUGGAGUAAAGGUGGUCUAGAGUUUUUUCCCCUCUGGUUGCACAUUUAACAUGCUGGUAGAAAUGAGGUAGAACGGAUUUAAGUUUCCCUGCAUUAAAGUCCCCGGCUACUAGGAGCGCUGCAUCUGGAUGAGCGUUUUCCUGUUGAUUAAUGGCCUUGUACAACUCAUUCAGUGCAAUCUUAAUGCCAGCAUUGGUUUGUGGUGGUAAAUAGACAGCUAUGAAAAAUAUAGAUGAAAACUCUCUUGGUAAAUAGUGUGGUCUACAGCUUAUCAUAAGAUACUCUACCUCAGGCGAGCAAAACCUCGAGACUUCCUUAGUAUUUGAUUUUGUGCACCAGCUGUUGUUUACAAAUAUACACAGACCGCCACCCUUUGUCUUACCAGAGUCUGCAGUUCUGUCCUGUCGAUGUAGCGUAUAGCCCGCUAGCUGAAUGUUGUCAUUGUUGUCGUUCAGCCACGACUCCGUGAAACAUAAGAUAUUACAGUUUUUAAUGUCCCGUUGGUAGGAUAACCGUAAUCUUAAAUCGUCAAUUUUAUUCUCAAAAGAUUGAACAUUGGCUAAUAGGAUUGAUGGGAGAGGCAGUUUACUCGUUCGCCGUCGGAUCCUUACAAGGCACCCGGAUCUGCGUCCACGAUAUCUCCGUCUCUUCCUCACACGAAUGACGGGGAUCUGGGCCUUGUCGGGAGUCUGUAGAAUAUCCUUCGCGAACGCCUCGUUGAAGAAAAAGUCUUCGUCCAACGCGAGGUGAGUAAUCGCUGUCCUGAUAUCCAGAAGCUCUCUUUGGUUAUAAGAGACGAUGGCAGAAACAUUAUGUACAAAAUAAAUUACAAAUAACGCGGAAAAACACACAUAGUAGUACAAUUGGUUAGAGGGCUGUAAAACGGCAGCCAUCUUCUUCCGGCGCUGUUCUAUUUGUCUCCACCCCCUUUGGCAGUUCUAUCUAGACGGAAAAUGUUAUAGUUGGGGAUGGAAAUUUCAGAAUUUUUGGUGGCCUUCCUAAGCCAGGAUUCAGACACUGCUAGAACAUCAGGGUUGGCGGAGUGUGCUAACGCAGUGAAUAACUCAAACUUAGGAAGGAGGCUUCUGAUAUUUACGUGCAGAAAACCAAGACUUUUACGGUUACAGAAGUCAACAAAUGAUAGCUCCUGGGGAGUAGGAGUGAUACUGGGGGCUGCAGGGCCUGGGUUAGCCUCUACAUCAUCAGAGGAACAGAGGAGGACUAGAAUAAGGAUACGACUAAAGGCUUUAAGAACUGGUCUUCUAGUGCGUUGGGUACAUAGAAUAAAGGGGGCAGUUCUACGGGCGUUGUAGAAAAGAUUCAGGGCAUUAUGUACAGAAAAGGAUAUGGAAGGAUAUGAGUACAGUUCAGGUAACCCUAAGCGUUGGGUAACAAUGAAAGAGAUAGCGUCACUGGAGGCACCGAUUGAGCCGGUCUCGGCGUGUAUGGGGGGUGGAACAAAGGAACUAUUUGAGGCAGUUUGAGAGGGACUAGGGGUUCUACAGUGAAAUUGUAUAAUAAGAACUAACCCAAACAGCAAUAGGCAAGGCAUAAUUGACAUGGGAGAGAGGCAUAAAGCAGUCACAGGUGUUAUUAGAGAGAGCUAAGACAACAGCUGGAAAUAGCGAUAACGUUUGGGCUAAGGCUAAACAGAAUAAACAGGACAGGGUACCGUGUAAAGGAACAGUCCAGCAGGCAUCAGCUGUGCAGCUGAGUGAUCAUAAGGUCCAGUGAACAGCAAUAUGUGAGUCCGAGAGCAGGUCAAAUUGGUGCUUCAGCACAGCUAGCAGGGAGCACAGUUGUAGUUUGCGUGUGCUAGCGGGCCGGGGCUGGCAGAUGGAUCUUCGUGGUCGUCGCAACGGGAAGCCUGUUGAAACCACAUCAGACUAUUUCGUCGGCAAACCAGUCGUGUUGGAUCGGCGGGGCUCAGUGUCAACACUAGGAGGUCCCGUCCGGUUGACAGAGAGGUAGAUAGCCGGGAGAUGGGCCUGAGGCUAGCUCAAGGCUAACUGGUGCUUGCUUCAGGGCAAUGGUAAUCAGCCAACAACAGGUUGCAGCUAGCUAGCUGGUUGCGAUGAUCCGGCGCUAGGGUCCAGUGAUUCCGGCAGAAAGUCCAAUAAGCUCUGGGUCGAUAGCACGCUGGGUCGAUAGCACGCUGUGCAGACUGGCCGACGAAUUGUCCAGACUAGAGCUAGAGCUGGCUGGUGGAUAGUGUAGGCCACGGACAGUGGUGAAGACACUAACGGUGACUAAUAUCAAGUAGCCAUUCAGUUGCAGCUACACUAGUUUCAGCUAGUUUCAGCUUACGGUUCUUGAUGAAAGUUAUAAAUAAAUAAUAGAAUCCUUUCCACGUUGGGUGAGGCGGGUUGCAGGAAAGUAUAUUUAGUUAAAGAAUGAAAAGUAAAAAUUGAGAAAUAUAUACAAAAUAGACAAAAAAAACAAGAAACGGGAUAUUUACACAAGGAGAAUGAAUAAAAGCGACCGCACUGCUACGCCAUCUUGGACCCUCUUCUGUUGAUAUAGGACUAGUUUUACUAUGGAUAUCGAUACUUUUGUACCUGUUUCCUCCAGCAUCUUCACAAGGUCCUUUGCUGUUGUUCUGGUAUUGAUUUGCACUUUUCACACCAAAGUACAUUAAUCUCUAGGAGACAGAACGCGUCUCCUCCCUGAGCGGAAUGACAGCUGCGUGGUCCCAUGGUGUUUAUACUUGUGUACUAUUGUUUGUACAGAUGAACGUGGUACCUUCAGGCGUUUGGAAAUUGCUCCCAAGGAUGAACCAGACUUGUGGAGGUUUACAAGUUACUUUCUGAGGUCUUGGCUGAUUUCUUUUGAUUUUCCCAUGAUGUAAAGCAAAGAGGCACUGAGUUUGAAGGUAGGCCUUGAAAUACAUCCACAGGUACGCCUCCAAUUGACUAAAAUUAUGUCAAUUAGCCUAUCAGAAGCUUCUAAAGCCAUGACAUCAUUUUGUGGAAUUUUCCAAGCUGUUUAAAGGCACACUCAACUUAGUGUAUGUAAACUUCUGACCCACUGGAAUUGUGAUACAGUGAAUUAUAAGUGAAAUAAUCUGACUGUAAACAAUUGUUGGAAAAAUUACUUGUGUCAUGCACAAAGUAGAUGUCCUAACCGACUUGCUAAAACUAUAGUUUGUUAACAAGAUCUUUGUGGAGUGGUUGAAAAACAAGUUUUAAUGACUCCAACCAGGGUACUGGGCGGAGGCCGGCUAGUGGUGAGUGUUUAAUGGUAUGAUGGCCUGAAGAUACAGUCUCUUGUUCCCAGCCUUGAUGCACCUGUACUGUCUCCGCCUUCUAGAUGGUCCUUGAUGAUCUUCUUGUCCUUCCUGUGACACCGGUUGGGCUGAACGCACCACCCUCUGGAGAGUCCUGCAGUUGCAGAUGGUGAAAUUGCCAUUCCAAGCAAUGAUACAGCCCAAAAGGAUACUCUCAAUUGUGCAUCUGUAAAAGUUUGUGAGGGUCUUAGGGACCAAGACAAAUUUCUUCAGCUCCUAAGGUUGAAGAGGCACUGUUGCGCCUUCUUCACCAUGCUGUCUGUGUGAAGGGACCAUUUCAGGUUGUCAGUGAUGUGCACGCCGAGGAACUUGAAACGUUUUACACUUUCCGCUGUGGCCCCGUCAAUUAUAUUUUCCUGGCACCACUCUGCCAGGGCCCUCACCUCCUCACUGUAGGCUGUCUCGUUGUUGUUGGUAAUCAGGCCUACCACUCUUUGAUUUGGUGGACAACUUGAAGCAAGUGGGGACAACAGACUGGGAUAUGGAAAGAUUGAAUAUGUCUGUAAAUAGGCUUGGGCGGUAUCCAGAUUAUCAUAUCGUCAUACCGGCCUUCUCUCAACCCGGGUUUUACGGUAUUACCGGCUAGCACACAAGGGGGCGCUAAAAACACAAGAAAAGCCUAUUGGGCCUCUAUUACCAGAAUGCUAACAAAAUUAGCAAAUACCUACAGCAAAAUCACAUAGACGCUAUUAGCUGAAUGUUAACGAGCAAAAACGAAUAUAAACUAAUUGCAAAGAAAGGCAAAUACAGCUCAUAAAGUAAUACAAGCAUAGCUAAUAGCUACCGAAUGGCAUUUUCGGUGAGUGUGGACAUUUACAAGCGAAUGUGAAUGAGGGAAAUUGUGCAAAUGAACAAAGUUGUGAUGCAUGCUUUUCUGAAGGAAGAGCAGCAUGUGUGCAAGGAGCAGAGGGGACAAGAACAGAGGAGAAAAAAAAACUAGUAGGAAGCACGACAAUAAUGACAACUGUACAGAUAACUCAUCCAGAGCUAUUUGACUUCUGGCAGAAAGCCAUUCUAAGAUAUCUGAUGGCAAAUAUUUUGUAGUGAAUUGCAUACAAGUGUAACUUCAUCACCUCAUGUGCGCUGCACAACAGAGAUUUGCUGAUAGGUAUAGAAUAAUAUGGACUCAACAGCUCCCGCUUUCUCCCAUUGUGCUAUUUACAAACAAAUACGUGACUGGCUCAACUGUUCUGGGGAACUACGGUAAGCUUCAUAAUGUAAGGUAUUGCACAAGAUGACUGCAGGUAUUUACUUAUAAAGUAGCUACAAAUAUUCAAAUUUAUAGAAAAUCUUUGAAUAAAUAGUUUUGACUGUAUUGAAAAACCAUCCCGUGGUUUUUUCCAAGUACCCCGGUAUACGGUAUAUACAAUAUACCGGCCAAGCCAAUCCGUAAACAAUCCAGCCAGCUGGUCUGCACAUGCUUUUAGGACAUGGCUUGGGAUGCCGUCUGGGCCAGCAGCCUUGCGAGGGUUAACAUGCUUAAAUGACUUCCUCACAUCGGCCACGGUAAACGAGAGCACACAAUCCUCGUGACCGCCGGGGGCCCGCAUUGGCGGCUCAAUCUUGUUUUUCUCGAAGUGGGCGAAGAAGGUGUUCAGCUCGUCCGGGAGCGAAGCGUUAGUGUGGCACUCCAGUACCGCUUGCUGUGGGGUAGCAGAGAGAACAUUCUAUGACUAGGGUGGCUGGAGUCUUUGGCAAUUUUUAGGGCCUUCCUCUGACACCGCCUGGUAUAGAGGUCCUGGAUGGCAGGAAGCUUGACCCAGUGAUGUACUGGGCCGUACGCACUACCCUCUGUAGUGCCUUGCGGUCAGAGGCCAAGCAGUUGCCAUACCAGGCGGUGAUGCAACCAGUCAGGAUUCUGUUGAUGGUGCAGCUGUAUAACUUUUUGAGGAUCUGAGGACCCAUGCCAAAUCUUUUCAGUCUCCUGAAGGGGAAUAGGAUUUGUCGUGCCCUCUUCACGACUGUCUUUGUGUGUUUGGACCAUGACAGUUCGUUGGUGACGUGGACAUCCACUACAUCCCCGUCGAUUAGAAUGGGGGCGUGCUCUGCCCUCUUUUUCCUGUAGUCCACGAUCAUCUCCUUUGUCUUGAUCAUGUUGAGGGAGAGGUUGCUAUCCUUUCCCUUUAUAAUCCGUGAUUGUCUGUGGAGUCCCUGCCACAUACGUCUCAUGUCUAAGCCGUUGAAUUGCGACUCCACUUUGUCUUUCUACUGUCGUUUUGCCUCUUUGAUUGUCUUACAGAGGUCGUAGCUGGUCUUUUUGUCUGGUUGUACACGUCCAUGUUCCCAGUUACCUUGCCAUGGUUAAAUGCGCUUUCAGUUUUGCGCAAAUGCUGCCAUCUAUCCACAGUUUUUGGUUUGGAUAAGUUGUAAUCAUCACAGAGUGAACAACAUCCUCUAUGCACUUCCUGAUGAACGGCGUCACCAAGUCAGUUUUUACGUCGAUACUAUUCUCAGAGGCGACUCGGAACAUUUCCCAGUCCGUGUGAUCAAAACAAUCUUGAAGCACUGAUUCCGAUUGGUCAGACCAACGUUGAACAGUCCUUACCACGGGAGCUUCCUGAGGUGCGUUCAGCUCACUUGAAUGUUUGAACUAAACGACACAUUCCCCCAAAAUAAUAAUAAUAAUAAUAUGCCAUUUAGCAGACGCUUUUAUCCAAAGCGACUUACAGUCAUGCGUGCAUACAUUUUUUUGUGUAUGGGUGGUCCCGGGGAUCGAACCCACUACCUUGGCGUUACAAGCGCCGUGCUCUACCAGCUGAGCUACAGAGGACCACAAAUGCUAUUGUACGUUCUUGAACAGACUUUGAGGUACAUUUGCUCCGGUUUUGUGGGUGUGGCUUGAAGCAAUGCAUUACAUAAAGGGCAGUGACCAUGCUGACAGCAUUCCCCAAACCACAACCCAACUCCUCCUCGUUUUUCAACUGGUCGUUCAGUACAGCACUGUUUCCAUUCAAUUGAACGUUCCAGAACAUAAAAACGUACUGAACGCAGCCCUGUUUAAGUUUCUGCCUAUGGGUGGGGAGGAGCAGAGUGGAGGCGUGAUCUGAUUUGUCGAAGGGAGGGUGUGGAGGGCCUUAUGUAGCUGUCCCGGAAGUGAGUGUAGCAAUGAUCCAGGGUCCUUGUUGCACGUGUAGCACAGGAGAUGUGUUGAUAGAAUUUCUGUAGCGUUUUCCUCAGUUUUCCUUUAUUAAAGUCCCCAGCUACAAUAAGUGUGGCCUCAGGAUUUCUAGUUUGCACAUAGUUCAGUGUAGUUCCUUGAGAGCCGUUGUGGUGUCGGCUUGGGGGGGGGAUAUACACUGCGGUGACGAUGCUCGAAGCCAAUUAUCUUAGGAGGUAAUGCGGUCGGCAUUUGAUGGUGAGGUAUUCCAGAUUGGGAGAACAAAAGGACUUGAGUUGCUGUACGUUACCACAAUCACACCAUGAGUUGUUAAUCAUGAAACAAACCCCUCCUCCUCCUUUUUUUUCCUGAAGUGUUCUUUCUUCCUGUCCACACGAUGGACGGAGAACCUCGCUGGCUGAAUGGACAAGGACAAUUUAUCCGGAAAGAGCCAUGAUUCCGUAAAACAGAGAGUGUUACAGUCCCUGAUGUCUUUCUGGAAGGAUAUCCUCGCCCUGAGCUCGUCUACUUUAUUGUCCAGGGACUGAACAAUAGCGAAUAAUAUACUCGGAAGCAGUGGAUGGUAUGCACGACGCAUGAGACAGAGCGACAUUCUGGCAACUGACCAAUGUUGUAUUACAUUUCAUGAAUAUUCACAAGCUACUCUGUGCUCGCCUUACAAAUUGAUUUGGGAUAGAGCCUUGGGAGCUUCUCAGAAUGGGCCACACCUCUGUGAGUGUCUUGCCUGGGUCUCUCCAUUCGCUCCAGUUCCAGAAUUCAUGAACUCAGUGCAUCUGAAUAAUUAAAAGGACUCUACUCCUUUUAUUUGCAUGUUCUAUUAUUCAGUAGCAUGAAAAGACUGGAGGAAUUAUCAUUGUAUAUAUGGAGCAGAUGCUCUGUUUCAGGAGGGUUGGUGUGCAGUUUGUAUGAGUGUCUGGCUGUGUGUGUGUUGGUGUUUGCGGUGCGUGUGCAUGCGUGCAUGCAUCUGUGCGUGCGUGUGUCUCUAUGUUUACCUAUGAUCCCACAGUCACCCCUUUUCAAUUGUUUGUUCUGUCUUCGCUCUCUCUCCCAUACAGUGAAACCACUCUAUAGAUAUGUACAUUCAUCAAUCUGACUCCAUUAUUGUGCAAAUCAUUGCAUCACCGACGCAGUAUGACUAUAAUGAACAUGUGUCUAUCUUGCACCGUUAUGCAGUUAUUAAGAGGCUAGAUACAAAUAGCUAAUCCUGGCAACCAGUGUUCUAGCAUUCAUUUAUUGAGUCAAGUAGAUCAGGGAUGUCAAGGUGGAACCCAAGCAUUUGCUAUGUGUAGUGUAAAUAACAACUACCAAUAGACCUACUAAAUUAUGACCGUAAAGUCAAUCAAAUAAUCACUCUGUAAAAUUAGGAAUGUAUUUACUCAAUUAAACUAAUAGGAUGUAUUAGUCACAAAAUUAUUGACACUCAAACAAUUACAGUGUACAUGAAAUACAUGAUGCAUUACAGAAUAACAGAGUAAAUUACUAUCAACUAAAUAAGACUCAACGUGGUUACAUGUGUCUUCAAUUCAGAAUAAUCUUGAAGAGAAAAAACUGUGUGUCUGAUACACACAGGAGUUUGCUAACAAGUAUGAGCGAAUUCACCAUCCUUUUAAGCAAAUUCAAGCGGGAAUGCACCCUCAACCUGAAUUAAGAUUUCUUAGCAGUUUGCUAGUGAAAACAAUAGGCAGGAACAACACACACAGGUUCUAAUCUGAUCAACUCAAUGUGAAUGCUAUGACCAGACAGCAGGAAUGUGCCUGAUAACCAGUCAACCCAACAUACAAUUUAAAUUUAAAACCAGUCACUUAAAAAAUACAUAAACCAGAAAACAUACAAUGCAAUAAGACAUAUCAAAAUGUGCAGCUCUUUAUAAACUCUUGAAACAAACCAAACACAACAAUUUAAUUCACACAGUAACUUUCAUUUCGGCAAUUCAAGUUAUCAGUCGUCACACCUUUCCUGGCAUCAGUGACCCCAGGGCUUCCGUGGGAAUGUCUCGGCCUGGAGAUUGCCACAGCGAAGGUGUGGCUCUCUCCUGUGAGAUACAAAUAUGCAACCAUCUAUCCGGACAAUGCCAAAUUGAAUCAACAUGCCAGGCUAGUCGCUAGACGCCUCUUCGUAACUAGCCUUCGUCACCGUUCACGUUUGUUCACUAUUUCUAUUUUUCGACUACAGUAGUCCCCAAUUUGGAACCUCUGGGUUGUGAAAUAACAGCAUUGAACCAGUGUUAUAGUUACCACAAGCACGCUCGCCAAGACACACGCGCAAUACACCAAGUCCCAGGUGUAUGCCUAUUUGGUCGAGGCAGUGGAAGCGCUCAACAAGAUGGUCGCCGCCUGAUUGGCCUGCAUGAACUGCUCGUCCAUGGCAGUUACAGUCCUGGUGCUCUCCUCAUAGAAGGUAUCCUCCCACCAGGAUGGAACGUCAGUCUCCAGGGGUACCCUGUCUAGAAUGCUCAGCUGUCCCAUUGUGGAAUCCUACAUCACUUCCAUCAGAAGGUGUGGCUUAGCUGGACAUGUCAGGCCCAUCAUCGGAGUCCGUUUUGCAAAUUCGAUGACGCACCACUGUUUGUGAAAUACUUAGAAAGCAUUUGAAAUAGCAAUACAGUGAAAGUACACACAUCAACAUGCUAACAUUCUGCAAUGUAUGAGAAAUACAGAUUAUGCACUGAAUGUCUCAUGACAAGAGUUGUGAAUAAAGUUUCCCUAUCACUAAUAUAGAAAAUAGCCAACAAAGUUAUCCCAUCAACUAUCUCAUCCAAACAGAGGACGAGUUAGGGGACACACAAUCUGGAUGGACAAAAGGAAACACGCAUAAAACAAGCACAACAAAAAAACAUACCAUCCAGCAUCAUUGCAAAAAAACAUUCUAACAGUAUACGGAACAAAUGAGAACACUCUAAAACAAUCCGUAUAGUGUUGAGCAAAUAGUAACAUGAAUUUAGUAAAUUCAAGUUGUCAUCAGUCGUCACACCUCUCCUCGCGUCAGUGACCCCAGUACUUCCGUGCGAACGGCUCGUCCUGGACAUUGCCACGGCGAAGGUGUGGCUCUCUCCUGUGAGAUGCAGAUAUACAGCCAUCCAUACGGAUAGUGCCAAAUUGAAUCAAGAUGCCAAGCUAGUCGCAUCUUCAUCACUGGCCUUCAUUAUCGUUCACAUUUCUUCACUCUCUAUUUUUCGACUACAACUCAACCAGACAAUACUGCAGGUUCUCUGUCUAUUUCGGAGUUAUCUGCAGUCAUCCAAAUCUGUAGAGUCACAGGCCAGGCCUGCUGAUGUCUGGCUGGAUCACAAAGCACACCUGAUGCAGAGAGCGCUGUUAUUUACUGAGAGCACUGUGUGUGCACUGAUCCAUCCCACAGUGCUAACAGUUCCAGGCUGUCCAGUGAGGAGGUUGGGUUGCUGGUCAACAUCUUGGGAGACCAGGGCCCUCCCAGGUGCCGCAGUAUGUCAGUCACAUUGCAUGCUUUCCUAAUCAAAGGUGAUGACGUUGGAUGCCAACUGUCAUUGUUGGAGUGGGUCCCAGAAAUCAGCCGUCAUCCUCUCAACGGUGCCAGCAAGCACUGUGACGCAAUGACACCAAUACUGAAAAUACCCUUCGGAUGGAAAGUGGGAGGUGGGAAGCAGGCACUGUAGCAAUCACACUCCCUAGGUAACUGGACAAGUGACAUCUUCAUCAUGGACUUGAGGCCACUUAUAGCGUAAUACUGUCAUUUUGAUGUGUUUGAUGAGCUUGGUUCAAUGUCAAAUCUUUCAUUUAGCGGUGAUAAUGGAUAUGGCUACUUUAGGCCUAACACAAUACAAGUGCUAGACUAUAGUUACCCCAGUUCUGCCCAGUUCUUUCAGAUAUCAUUUUUUACACAUUUAGGUAGCCGUCUGUCUCACCACUCUGUGCUCUUCACGGUGCCACCGCCAUCUGAUUCACAUCUCUGGAAGAGAGAAACAGAAGUAGAAGGAAGGAGAUCCUUUAUCUAAAAGGGUCACCUGACUUGAUAUACUGUACACCGAACAAAAAUAUAAAUGCAACAUGCAACAAUUUCAACGAUUUUACUGGGUUUAUAUAAGGAUGCAUGUCUGUAUCAGUCAAUUGAAAUGAAUUCAUUAGGCACUAAGUUAUGUAUUUCUCAUGACUGGGAAUACAGAUAUGUAUCUGUUGGUCACAGAUACUGUACCUUAAAAAAAAGUAGGGUCGUGGAUCAGAAAACCAGUCAGUAGUUGGUGUGACGACCAUUUGCCUCAUGCAGCGCGACACAUCUCCGUUGCAUAUAGUUGAUCAGGCUGUUGAUUGUGGCCUGUAGAAUGUUGUCCCACUCCUCUUCAAUGGCUGUGCGAAGUUACUGGAUAUUGGCAAGAACUGGAACACGCUGUCGGACACAUCAAUCCAGAGCAUCCCAAACAUGCUCAAUGGGUGAAAUGUCUGAGUAUGCAGGCCAUGGAAGAACUAGGACAUUUUCAGCUUCCAAGAAUUGUGUCCAGUUCCUUGCGACAUAGGGACGUGCAUUAUCGUGCUGAAACAUGAGGUGAUGACGGCGGAAGAAUGGCACGAUAAUGGGUCUCAGGAUCUCGUUACGGUAUCUCUGUGCAUUCAAAUUGCCUUUGAUAAAAUGCAAUUGUGUUUGUUGUCUGUAGCUUAUGCCUGCCCAUACCAUAACCCAACCGCCACCAUGGGGAGCUCUGUUCACAACAUUGACUUCAGCAAACCUCUCGCCCAAACGACGCCAUAGAUGCUGUCUGCCAUCGGCCCGGUACAGUUGAAACCGGGAUUCAUCCGUGAAGAGCAAUCAAUCAAUCAAUCAAAUAUAUUUAUAAAGCCCUUUUUUACAUCAACAGAUGUCACAAAGUGCUAUACAGAAACCCAGCCUAAAACCCCAAACAGCAAGCAAUGCUGAUGUAUGCACUCACUAACUGUAAGUCGCUCUGGAGAAGAGCGUCUGCUAAAUGACUAAAAUGUAAAUGUAAAUGUAGAAGCACAGUGGCUAGGAAAAACUCCCUAGAAAGGCAGGAACCUAGGAAGAAACCUAGAGAGGAACCAGGCUCUUCUGGCUGUGCCGGGUGGAGAUUAUAAGAGUACAUGGCCAUUUACGCCAGAUUGUUCUUCAAGAUGUUCAAACAUUCAGCAGGGUCAAAUAAUAAUCAGUGGUUGUAGAGGGUGCAACAGGUCAGUACCUCAGGAGUAAAUGUCAGUUGGCUUUUCAUAGCCGAGCAUUCAGAGGUCACGACAGCGAGCGAGCGAGAGAUAGAGAGACAGCGAGCGAGCGAGUGAGAGAGAGAAAGAAAGAGAGAGAGAGAAAGAGAGAGAAAGAGAAAGAGAGAGAAAAACAGCAGGUCUGGGACAAGGUAGGACAUCCGGUGAACAGGUCAGGGUUCCCUAGCCGCAGGCAGAACAGUUGAAACUGGAGCAGCAGCACAACCAGGUGGACUGGGGACAGCCAGGAGUCAUCAGGCUAGGUCGUCCUGACGCAUGAUCCUAGGGCUCAGGUCCUCCGGGAGGUCAGUACCUCAGGGAGAGAGAGGGAAUUAGAGGGAGCAUACUUAAAUUCACACAGGACACCAGAUAAGACAUGAGAAUUACACCAGAUAUAACAGACUGACCCUAGCCCCUCGGCACAUGGACUAUUGCAGCAUAGAUACUGGAGACUGAGACAGUGGUGAGUCAGGGGACACUGUGGCCCCGUCCGACGAUACCCCUGGAUAGGGCCAACCAGGCAGGAUAUUUCAGGAAGUUUCUGAUUUUUGCAACGUUACGAAGAUGGAAAAAAGUGUCCUUGAAAUAUUCUUGAUAUGUUCGUUAAAAGAGAGAUCAGGGUCCAGAGUAACGCAGAGGUCCUUCACAGUUUUAUUUGAGACGACUGUACAACCAUUGUGACAGGUACUGAGGAUAUGAAGAGGCUGGACGCAGAGGCAGGAAUCAACAAGGUAAAGGUUUACUUAACAAAAGAGAAUAACAAAGCGCGAGUACACGACAUGACGCUAACAAUUACACACAACAAUGACUGAACAGUCCAGGGCUAUAUAGUGGUGUUGAUGAGAUGAUGAGGUGCAGGUGCGCUGGAGGUGAUUAGGGUGCGUUGGGUUUCCAUUCCUGUGUUGCCGAGGUGGUCAGAACGCCAGAGGGGAGCAACGGGAGGAAAUGUGACAACCAUCAAGAUUAAUUGUCAGAUCCAACAGCAGAUCUAUUUAUUUCUUGGGACCUAUAACUAGCAUCUCUAUUUUGUCAGAGUUUUUAAAAAAGAGCACACUUCUCCAGCGUGCCAGUGGCCAUCGAAAGUGAGCAUUUGCCCACUGAAGUCGGUUACGAUGCCGAACUGCCGUCAGGUCAAGAUGCUGGUGAGGACAACGAACAAGAAGAUUAGCUUCCCUGAGACGGUUUCUGACAGUUUGUGCAGAAAUCCUUUUGUUGUGCAAACCCACAGUUUCAUCAGCUGUCCGGGUGGCAGGUCUCAGACGAUCCCAGAGUUGAAGAAGCCAGAUGUGGAGGUCCUGGGCUGGCGUGGUUACAUGUGGUCUGCGGUUGUGAGGCCAGUUGGAUGUACUGCCAAAUUCUCUAAAACGACGUUGGAGGCGAUUUAUGGUAGAGCAAUUAACAUAGAAUUAUCUGGCAACUGCUCUGGUGGACAUUCCUGCAGUCAGCAUGCCAAUUGCACGCUCCCUCAAAACUUGAGACAUCUGUGGCAUUGUGUUGUGUGACAAAACUGCACAUUUUAGAGUGGCCUUUUAUUUUCCCCAGCACAAGGUAUCUUGGCAAAGGAGAAAUGCUCACAAACAGGGAUGUAAACGAAUUUGUGCCAAAAAAUUGAGAGAAAUAAGCUUUUUGUGCGUGUGGUAAAUUUCUGUGAUCCAUUAUUUCAGCUCAUGAAACAUGGGACCAACACUUUACAUGUUGCGUUUAUAUUUUUGUUCUGAUAUUUGUGGAAUGCAUAUUUUCAAUCCCCAUUACAAAUGUGAUGGAGGAUCUCCUAAUCCAUUAGCCAGAUGCAGGGUAAGAAUCAGUGACUGCCCAAGAAAAGGCAUGCUUCAUUAGUUCCGGCCGACACUUUGUGACGUGAUUUAUGGGUGAAAUUGAGGUCUUUUAUCUGUUUAUUUAUUUUAGUUUCACUCAUCAAUUUAAACAAGCACAUUGUGAUUUAUAUUGACAAGAGUGAAUUUGAUUCAUUGUAAGGUUCCUGAAUAACUAGACGUUGGCAUGCAUGUCUGACCUAUUUAGGAUUCCUCUCGCCCAACCAAAUCUCAUUACUUGUAUUUGGUUCAUUGUCUAACAUACGGGAUCACAAAGCGUGCUAUAUGGUUAUCUAGAGGGAAAUUGUCAGUCAACUGAAACGAUGCAGAACCAGUUUACGACUACCACAUCACCACAUAAUUACACUGUGUCCUCCUGCUACAGUGCUGUACAGUACAUCACCAAGGUUGCAUAGUUUAAUCUUAAAUGGAUGACACUCAAUCUUAAAGCUGCAAUAUGUAACUUUUUGGGAGACCCAACCAAAUUCACAUAGAAAUAUGAAGUAUAGAUCUGUCAUUAUUAUUAAAAGCAAGUCUAAGAAGCAGUAAAUAUGUUUUAUGUGCGCUAUUUCUAUGCUUCACGUUCUUAAGUUUUGUUUUUGAGUCUUUUACUUUCGGUUUUGUACACCAGCUUCAAACAGCUGAAAAUACAAUAUCUUUGGUUAUUGAACAGAUAUUUCACAGCGGUUUAGAUGGUAUAAUGAGUCUCUACAAGCAUUUCCCAAACUUGGUCCUGGGGACCCCAGGGGGUGCACGUUUAGUUUUUUUCCCUAGCACUACACAGCUGACUCAAAUAAUCAAAGCUUGAUGAUUUCUGCAUAUUGCACCUUUAAAUCAUAUGCAAAUCAUUCAAUGUCUUCAUUCAAUCUCUGCUCCAUACACAAUCCAUAAAGGCCCCUCUGAAAGUGAACAAUAUGAAAGCUUCCCUGUCCCUUCUCCAGAAACUCUCAUUGUUUCAGUAGGAACCUAAUGGUUACCUGUACCAAGACAAGGGAAUUAGUUAUCUGAGUGUUCCUUAUCUCGCUGCCACCACACUCCUACUGGUGCGCUCCCAUUCUUCUCCAGUAAUGACUAUCUAUCCAAUAUAGUCCCCUCUCUCUCCAAGGGGGAAUACAUCUGCCGUGGCCCUAGCUGUCGAUGAAAGGACACGGAGGUCCCCACCCUCUCGCACCAUGACCUUAAUUGACAGGAAAUUGUAUUCGCCUCGCUCUCCCCUUCUUCCCUCCAAACAAAAUAGGUGCCUCCUGGAUUUACUUGACAUGCCACUGGGAUGACACUCCUUCUUAUCUCUCCUUUUCUCUUUUCUUUCUCUUUCUCUCUUUCUCCCAGCGGCUCCUAAGGGCCCCAAGCUUUUGAUGACCCCCACCAGGGCAAAGGUAGGGGACACGGUGCGCAUCACCGUGCAAGGAUUCCAGGUAGGCGCUGGGGUUCCUGGGGUAAGUGCAUGGGGGUUUAUGAAACCGGAGGGCCAUGUUCAGUUUGGGAUAGGAUGGGACAGGGGAGAUGUGCAGUUAAGCCUGUUGAGUUUUCUGAUAAAGUGACCAUUCUUACAGGGUGAGGGAUAUACCAUACAUCUUCUCGGUCUAAGGCUAGCAUACUGUUGUUCUUUGGAAAAAAUCAUAAGUGCACUAUUGAAAAAAGUGACGGGUUUGAAUUUUUGGGAAUCGUUUUAUCUUUUCGCAUUUAUUUUUUCACUGUUGCGUACUGACUAUGCCUCAAGGCAUUAAACUAUUUCAAUGAAAAAUGAAUAACCCUUUCAAAAUAUGUUUGUUUAUGGAUAGCUCCAAUUCUCUGAUGUUAUUUUCUUAAGUCUAUCUCCUUAAGGCAUCCAUGUCAAGCUAGCAGAGGAUUCCUCAGCAGAGCAGAGUGAGGGUAAUACCUGCUAGAGCAUUCCAGUCAGGAGAUUGUCUUUGUGUAACUAUCAUCCUCUGACCCCAAAAAUGAAAAUGUUCCAGUAGUAACUGAUGCCCAUCUCAGUGACAGGAGUAGGGAUGACACAGUGUUGGCGUUGCCUGCUAGAGCCAGCCAGGUGGAGAGGACAAGGCUAAUUCUGAAAGGCCAUGCUAAUGGUCCAGCACACCAAUAACCUUUUUUACUUUUCAUUCACUGCUUCAUGAGUUUCUGGGCAUGAUAGCACUGUGUGUUUUUAUAAAGUGUUUGUUUUUCAUUGCUUUAUUCUGGUUUACUACUUUCAAUCUAAUAAUGGCACUCUUCCGGUGCAUUAGGUUUAGUGCAGUAGUUUAGAGCCUGGGCAGAUGUAUACAACUAUAUCCACACACUCAUUUCAUAGUAUUUGAAGUUCUCCUUUGAAUAGAGUUAAGAAUGGUCACUAUAAACAGGCUUGACUGGGACAUACAGCCAAUUGGGCCCUUCGGAAACAGGCAUCCGUGCAUGGAGAUUCAUCCCAAAGAAAAUCUCCCUUAUCCUUCACUGGACCAAGGCUCUAGGGUUUCACUAGUAGAUAAGAUUUAAUGCUAAGACAUAUACAGUGGCUUGCGAAAGUAUUCACACCCUUGGCAUUUUUCCUAUAUUGUUGCCUUACAACCUGGAAUUAAAAUUGCUUUUUUGGGGGUUUGUAUCAUUUGAUUUACACAACAUGCCUACCACUUUGAAGAUGCAAAUAUAUAUUAAAUAAAAAACUGAAAACUUGAGCAUGCAUAACUAUUCACCCCCCCCAGCAAUCUUUAAGUCAUACCACAGAUUGUCAAUUGGAUUGAGGUCUGGGCUUUGACUAGGCCAUUCCAAGACAUUUAAAUGUUUCUUAAACCACUCGAGUGUUGCUUUAGCAGUAUGCUUAGGGUCAUUGUCCUGCUGGAAGGUGAACCUUCGUCCCAGUCUCAAAUCUCUGGAAGACUGAAACAGGUUUCCCUCAAGAAUUUCCCUGUAUUUAGCGCCAUCCAUCAUUCCUUCAAUUCUGACCAGUUAUCCAGUCCAGCCACCACCAUGCUUCACUGUGGGGAUGGUGUUCUCGGGGUGAUGAGAGGUGUUGGGUUUGUGCCAGACAUAGCAUUUUCCUUGAUGGCCAAAAAGCUCAAUUUUAGUCUCAUCUGACCAGAGUACCUUCUUCCAUAUGUUUGGGGAGUUUCCCACAUGACUUUUGGCGAACACCAAACGUGUUUGCUUAUUUUUUUUCUUUAAGCAAUGGCUUUUUUCUGGUCACUCUUCUGUAAAGCCCAGCUCUGUGGAGUGUACGGCUUAAAGUGGUCCUGUGGACAGAUACUCCAAUCUCUGCUGUGGAGCUUUGUAGCUCCUUCAGGGUUAUCUUUGGUCUCUUUGUUGCCUUUCUGAUUAAUGCCUUCCUUGCCUGGUCCAUGAGUUUUGGUGGACGGCCCUCUCUUGGCAGGGUUGUUGUGGUGCCAUAUUCUUUCAGUUUUUUUAUAAUGGAUUUAAUGGUGCUCUGUGGGAUGUUCAAAGUUUCUGAUAUUUUUUUAUAACCCAACCCUGAUCUGUACUUCUCCACAACUUUGUCCCUGACCUGUUUGGAGAGCUCCUUGGUCUUCAUGGUGCAGCUUGCUUGAUGGUGCCCCUUACUUAGUGGUGUUGCAGACUCUGGGGCAUUUCAGAACAGGUGUAUAUAUACUGAGAUCAUGUGACAGAUCAUGUGGCACUUAGAUUGCACACAGGUGGACUUUAUUUAACUAAUUAUGUGACUUCUGAAGGUAAUUGGUUGCACCAGAUCUUAUUUAGGGGCUUCAUAGCAAAGGGGGUGUAUUUUUCGUUAUUAGUUUUUUUGAAUUUUUUGAAACAAGUUGUUUUUUUCAUUUCACUUCACCAAUUUGGACUAUUUUUUGUAUGUCCUUUACAUGAAAUCCAAAUAAAAAUCCAUUUAAAUUACAGGUUGUAAUGCAACACAAUAGGAAAAAUGCCAAGGGGGAUGAAUACUUUUGCAAGGCACUGUACCUCUUGCCUUCUCAUAGUGUGAUAAAAAAAAGAUAUCAGUAUCCCCUACGGUUUUUAAUAUUAGAAUAAUAAAUAAUCACAUAGUGUGGGUUUUUAGUUUUCUUUACACUUGACAUGCUUAGUCCUCACUAUGUGUUCAUCCAUUUGAAGAUAAGAAAGGCACUGAUGCUUUCAUUGGUGCUGUCUUUUUAAUUUAGGCUCUGUAAGGCCGUUGGGGAUAUGUGAUAGGAUCUUUCAUGUUUUUUAUCUUGAUGUAACCUUAUGCCAUGACUGCCCUGAUCAACAAACUUCUUUCACUUCUGUCAUCAUGUGAAUUCAGGGGUCCCAGAACUCUUAUUAGGGCACACCAGCUCCUCAAGGCAUACAUUCAGUUCAUUAAAGCAUUUCUAUGGGUCACAAAAAGUGGCAAGAGUCAAGUUGUGGUAUAUUCUUUAAAGUCCCUGUGUAGUCAAAAACAUCAUUUUCCUGUGUUUAUAUACAUUUCCAAUUGUGAAAAUGCCCUUUUAGUGUUUUGGCUUGCCUGGUGACAUCACAAGGCGGUAAAUUAGUUAAUAGACAAAUAAGAAGAGAGUUUCAAACCUCUGCCAUUAACAGCUAGUUUUCAGUUUUCCCCUCCCCACUAAGAUCACUUCCAAACAAUCCCAGCUAAAUUCUUGCUUGAAAAAUUGCUUUCUUUUUGACCAUUUUUAUUAAAAACAAUCACAGUAAGGUACUUAAUUGUUACCCAGAAAUUAUUUCAUAUUGAGAUAAAAAUGGUUGCAUUGUGCUUUUAAAAGGGUUGGGAGGUAACAUUUCAAAAUGCAAAAAAAUUAUCUAGUCAGAUUAUCACUAGUUUUUUCAAUGAAAUUUCAUUCUGUUGCAUCACUCUUUGCGUCAGGAAUCGACAUCUAUCUUUCAUCAAUAUUUUUCAAUUAUUUCAGCAACAUAUUUGGCCCUCAGCCCUGCAGUAUAGACUAGAUGAAACUGGGUUCCCUAGCUGGAUUCACAGAAACAGAAGAAACGCCAGUCCUUCUUUGACCAUGUGUGAAGUGAUCAUAAUUCCUGAUGAUGUGUUGUUCCCUUUGAAUAACAUUUGAGCGCCACAACCCCUCAUUCCAAUUUUCUACUAAACGCCCUCUCCUCCCCCACUUACAUGUUCUCUAGCUGUCUUGAUUUUAAUAACAUGUCUGUAUCCAGCAGAUGGCAGAAAAGACAUCCAGAGGAGUACAGCAGGAAGGCUUCUUCCCUCAGAGGGAGAAUAGCCCUCUUAUCUAUGACUAUGACAACCCUUUGAUAAGAAUGAUAUGACAUUUUGAAAAGGGGAAAAACGUUUUACUGUGGUAAAUUCUCUUGAGAGGCACGAGAAUGUAAAAAAAAAAGUGUAAAUAUAAAUCAAAUCAUAUUUUAUUUGUCACAUGCUUCGUAGGUGUAGACUAACAGUGAAAUGCUUACUUAGGGAUAAUUUUCCAACAAUGCAGAGUAAAAGAUAAAGAUACAAAAAUAAAGAUACAAAAAUAUAUAUAAAAAUGAGUACCAGUACUUAGCCGAUGUGCAGGGGUAUGAGGUAAUUGAGGUAGAUAUGUACAUACAGUGGGGAAAAAAAGUAUUUAGUCAGCCACCAAUUGUGCAAUUUCUCCCACUUAAAAAGAUGAGAGAGGCCUGUAAUUUUCAUCAUAGGUACACGUCAACUAUGACAGACAAAAUGAGAAAAAAAAAUCCAGAAAAUCACAUUGUAGGAUUUUUUAUUAAUUUAUUGGCAUAUGAUGGUGGAAAAUAAGUAUUUGGUCAAUAACACAAGUUUCUCAAUACUUUGUUAUAUACCCUUUGUUGGCAAUGACACAGGUCAAACGUUUUCUGUAAGUCUUCACAAGGUUUUCACACACUGUUGCUGGUAUUUUGGCCCAUUCCUCCAUGCAGAUCUCCUCUAGAGCAGUGAUGUUUUGGGGCUGUCGCUGGGCAACACAGACUUUCAACUCCCUCCAAAGAUUUUCUAUGGGGUUGAGAUCUGGAGACUGGCUAGGCCACUCCAGGACCUUGAAAUGCUUCUUACGAAGCCACUCCUUCGUUGCCCGGGCGGUGUGUUUGGGAUCAUUGUUAUGCUGAAAGACCCAGCCACGUUUCAUCUUCAAUGCCCUUGCUGAUGGAAGGAGGGUUUCACUCAAAAUCUCACGAUACAUGGCCCCAUUCAUUCUUUCCUUUACACGGAUCAGUCGUCCUGGUCCCUUUGCAGAAAAACAGCCCCAAAGCAUGAUGUUUCCAACCCCAUGCUUCACAGUAGGUAUGGUGUUCUUUGGAUGCAACUCAGCAUUCUUUGUCCUCCAAACAUGACGAGUUGAGUUUUUACCAAAAAGUUAUAUUUUGGUUUCAUCUGACCAUAUGACAUUCUCCCAAUCCUCUUCUGGAUCAUCCAAAUGCACUUCAGACGGGCCUGGACAUGUACUGGCUUAAGCAGGGGGACACGUCUCGCACUGCAGGAUUUGAGUCCCUGGCGGCGUAGUGUGUUACUGAUGGUUGGCUUUGUUACUUUGGUCCCAGCUCUCUGCAGGUCAUUCACUAGGUCCCCCCGUGUGGUUCUGGGAUUUUUGCUCACCGUUCUUGUGAUCAUUUUGACCCCACGGGGUGAGAUCUUGCGUGGAGCCCCAGAUCGAGGGAGAUUAUCAGUGGUCUUGUAUGUCUUCCAUUUCCUAAUAAUUGCUCCCACAGUUGAUUUCUUCAAACCAAGCUGCUUACCUAUUGCAGAUUCAGUCUUCCCAGCCUGGUGCAGGUCUACAAUUUUGUUUUUGGUGUCCUUUGACAGCUCUUUGGUCUUGGCCAUUGUGAAGUUUGGAGUGUGACUGUUUGAGGUUGUGGACAGGUGUAUUUUAUACUGAUAACAAGUUCAAACAGGUGCCAUUAAUACAGGUAACGAGUGGAGGACAGAGGAGCCUCUGAAAGAAGAAGUUACAGGUCUGUGAGAGCCAGAAAUCUUGCUUGUUUGUAGGUGACCAAAUACUUAUUUUCCACCAUAAUUUGCAAAUAAAUUCAUUAAAAAUCCUACAAUGGGAUUUUCUGGAUUUUUUUUCCUCAAUUUGUCUGUCAUAGUUGACGUGUACCUAUGAUGAAAAUUACAGGCCUCUCUCAUCUUUUUAAGUGGGAGAACUUGCACAAUUGGUGGCUGACUAAAUACUUUUUUUCCCCACUGUAUAGUAGUGGUAAGUGACUAGGCAACAGGAUAGAUAAUAGACAGCAGCAGCAGCGUAUGUGGUGAUUUCAAAAGUGUGUUUGUGUGAGUGUGAGUGUGUGUGUGUGUGUGUGUGUGUGUGUGUGUGUGUGUGUGUGUGUGUGUGUGUGUGUGUGUGUGUGUGGCGUCAGUAUGUAGUGUUGAUUAUUAAUUCAUGCUGCUAACAUGCCAUUGCAUUAGGGGGGAAUUGAGCUUGUAUUAUUCAUGUAGCCUUUGUAAUCUCUUGACUGGGACUUAAACUUUUUCCCCUCUUGUCCAUCCCUCCCUCACACACACUGGGGUGGUCUGUUGAUAGAAUGAGGUGUUCCCUGAGCCCCUCUUCACCUGGACCCGGGUCGGGGGCCGUCUGCUGGACGGGAGUGCCGAGCGGGAUGGGAAGGAGCUGAUUCUGGAGCGAGUGCCAGCCGAACUCAACGGCUCCAUGUACCGCUGCACGGCCCAGAAUCCCCUGGGCUCCACGGACACGCACACUCGCCUCAUCGUCUUUGGUAUGUGUCCAAACUCAUUACCAUAUUCUCUAAUCCUAGAGGGCAUUGCAGAGAAUCACGAACUUAAUACUUGUUCUUAUUCAUGGUAUGUUUUAUUCCCACUAUUCAAAAGAAUAUCCUCAUUCAAAUUUCAAACACCAUUAAAAUAGUGUUUCAACUGUUAAUAUUAUGCAUCCACAUACUGUAAAGUAUUUAGCAAUGCAUUUAUGUAAUAAAUAAAUAUGUAUGUGGCCAUUUUUAGAUAUGAUUAAUCUAUGCAAACUAAUUGCAUGAGUAAUAAGUGAUUGUAUCACUAAAUGACUCAAAAAUGCCUCUCGUACAAAGGCUGAUUUAUGUAAGUGAGUAAUGCCCCUCAUCUGGGUGAGUAGAAAUCCAACAGCCAUGGGAAUCCCACAAGCAGCAUGUGUUGUACCCAUUCUCUCCAACACUGACUGCUAAUAAUCACAAAGGCCCAUAAUAGAAUAAAUUAUCUUUGUUGUUGACAGUGUCAUCCCAUCUCAUAGUUCAACCACCCACCUCGAGCAAGCUAGAUCAGUCUUUUCAUGAUGUGCUGCUAUUUAUCACAGUUCCAAAGUCCUGCGUUUGCUUUAGUUGAUGUGGGAGUUGGAUUGCUUGCUAACUCUAUUACUCCUGUAUGUCCUGCAGCCCUGGUGGGUUAACCCUUGGGCCCUGUGGAAUAACAGCAUCCUACGUGAGAACUUGAUCAGAGGCCUGUCAAUCAUGGCUUCUCUGUUUUAAUCAAAACCGCUGCACCGAGGAUGAAGGUCUUCUCCCCUGAAUUAUAUAUGAUCUACUCUCAUGUUAGAGAUAACUGCCGUGCAAGAGAUGGAACUGAUAUAUAUAUAUAUAUAUAUAUAUAUAUAUAUAUAUAUAUAUAUAUAUAUAUAUAUAUAUAUAUAUAUAUAUAUAUAUAUAUAUUUAUAUAUAUAUAUAUAUAAUUUAUAUAUAUAUAUAUAUAUAUACACACAGUAUAUAUAUAUAUACUGUACAGUGGGGGAAAAAAGUAUUUAGUCAGCCACCAAUUGUGCAAGUUCUCCCACUUAAAAAGAUGAGAGAGGCCUGUAAUUUUCAUCAUAGGUACACGUCAACUAUGACAGACAAAAUGAGAUUUUUUUUUUCUCCAGAAAAUCACAUUUUAGGAUUUUUAAUGAAUUUAUUUGCAAAUUAUGGUGGAAAAUAAGUAUUUGGUCAAUAACAAAAGUUUCUCAAUACUUUGUUAUAUACCCUUUGUUGGCAAUGACACAGGUCAAACGUUUUCUGUAAGUCUUCACAAGGUUUUCACACACUGUUGCUGGUAUUUUGGCCCAUUCCUCCAUGCAGAUCUCCUCUAGAGCAGUGAUGUUUUGGGGCUGUCGCUGGGCAACACGGACUUUCAACUCCCUCCAAAGAUUUUCUAUUGGGUUGAGAUCUGGAGACUGGCUAGGCCACUCCAGGACCUUGAAAUGCUUCUUACGAAGCCACUCCUUCAUUGCCCGGGCGGUGUGUUUGGGAUCAUUGUCAUGCUGAAAGACCCAGCCACGUUUCAUCUUCAAUGCCCUUGCUGAUGGAUGGAGGUUUUCACUCAAAAUCUCACGAUACAUGGCCCCAUUCAUUCUUUCCUUUACACGGAUCAGUCGUCCUGGUCCCUUUGCAGAAAAACAGCCCCAAAGCAAGAUGUUUCCACCCCCAUGCUUCACAGUAGGUAUGGUGUUCUUUGGAUGCAACUCAGCAUUCUUUGUCCUCCAAACACGACGAGUUGAGUUUUUACCAAAAAGUUCUAUUUUGGUUUCAUCUGACCAAAUGACAUUCUCCCAAUCCUCUUCUGGAUCAUCCAAAUGCACUCUAGCAAACUUCAGACGGGCCUGGACAUGUACUGGCUUAAGCAGGGGGACACGUCUGGCACUGCAGGAUUUGAGUCCCUGGCGGCGUAGUGUGUUACUGAUGGUAGGCUUUGUUACUUUGGUCCCAGCUCUCUGCAGGUCAUUCACUAGGUCCCCCCGUGUGUUUCUGGGAUUUUUGCUCACCGUUCUUGUGAUCAUUUUGACCCCACGGAGUGAGAUCUUGUGUGGAGUCCCAGAUCGAGGGAGAUUAUCAGUGGUCUUGUAUGUCUUCCAUUUCCUAAUAAUUGCUCACACAGUUGAUUUCUUCAAACCAAGCUGCUUACCUAUUGCAGAUUCAGUCUUCCCAGCCUGGUGCAGGUCUACAAUUUUGUUUCUGGUGUCCUUUGACAGCUCUUUGGUCUUGGCCAUAGUGGAGUUUGGAGUGUGACUGUUUGAUGUUGUGGACAGGUGUCUUUUAUACUGAUAACAAGUUCAAACAAGUGCCAUUAAUACAGGUAACGAGUGGAGGACAGAGGAGGCUCUUAAAGAAGAAGUUACAGGUCUGUGAGAGCCAGAAAUCUUGCUUGUUUGUAGGUGACCAAAUACUUAUUUUCCACCAUAAUUUGCAAAUAAAUUCAUAAAAAAUCCUACAAUGUGAUUUUCUGGAAAAAAAAUUCUCAAUUUGUUUGUCAUAGUUGACGUGUACCUAUGAUGAAAAUUACAGGCCUCUCUCAUCUUUUUAAGUGGGAGAACUUGCACAAUUGGUGGCUGACAAAAAAUUUUUUUCCCCCACUGUAUAUACAGUUGAAGUCGGAAGUUUACAUACACCUUAGCCAAAUACAUUUAAACUCAGUUUUUCACAAUUCCUGACAUUUAAUCCUAGUAAAAAUUCCCUGUUUUAGGUCAGUUAGGAUCACCACUUUAUUUUAAGAAUGUUAAAUGUCAGAAUAUUAGUAGAGAGAAUGAUUUAUUUCAGCUUUUAUUUCUUUCAUCACAUUCCUAGUGGGUCAGAAGUUUACAUACACUCAAUUAGUAUUUGGUAGUAUUGCCUUUAAAUUGUUUAACUUGGGUCAAAUGUUUCGGUUAGUCUUCCACAAGCUUCCCACAAUAAGUUGGGUGAAUUUUGGCCCAUUCCUCCUGAUAGAGCUGGUGUAACUGAGUCAGGUUUGUAGUCAGGUUUGCCACCCCCGUGCUUCACGGUUGGGAUGGUGUUCUUUGGCUUGCAAGCACUCCCUUUUUCCUCCAAACAUAACGGUGCUCAUUAUGGCCAAACAGUUCUAUUUUUGUUUCAUCAGACCAGAGGACAUUUCUCCAAAAAGUACGAUCUUCGUCCCCAUGUGCAGUUGCAAACCGUAGUUUGGCUUUUUUAUGGCGGUUUUGGAGCUGUGGCUUGUUCCUUUCAGGUUAUGUCGAUAUAGGACUCGUUUUUACUGUGGAUAUAGAUACUUUUGUACGUCUUUCCUCCAGCAUCUUCACAAGGUCCUUUGCUGUUGUUCUGGGAUUGAUUUGCACUUUUCGCACCAAAGUACGUUCAUCUCUAGGAGACAGAACGCGUCACCUUCCUGAGCGGUAUGACAGCUGCGUGGUCCCAUGGUGUUUAUACUUGCGUACUAUUGUUUGUACAGAUGAACGUGGUACCUUCAGGCAUUUGGAAAUUGCUCCCAAAUAUGAACCAGGCUUGUGGAGGUCUACAAUUUAUUUUCGGAGGUCUUGGUUGAUUUCUUUUGAUUUUCCCAUGAUGUAAAGCAAAGAGGCACUGAGUUUGAAGGUAGGCCUUGAAAUACAUCCACAGGUACACCUCCAAUUGACUCAAAUGAUGUCAACUAGCCUAUCAGAAGCUUCUAAAGCCAUUACAUCAUUUUCUGGAAUUUUCCAAGCUGUUUAAAGGCACAGUCAACUUAGUGUAUGUAAACUUCUGACCCACUGGAAUUGUGAUACAGUGAAUUAUAAGUGAAAUAAUCUGUCUGUAAACAAUUGUUAGAAUAAUUACUUGUGUCAUGCACAAAGUAGAUGUCCUAACCGACUUGCCAAAACUAUAGUUUGUUAACAAGACAUUUGUGGAGUGGUUGAAAAACGAGUUUUAAUGACUCCAACCUAAGUGUAUGUAAACUUCCUACUUCAACUGUAUGUAUAUAUUGGAGCCUAACUGCGUUGCUAUGUUCCAGGGCUAGUUUCCAGGGUUAACAUAUGCACAGAACAUGUGUGUAGCUACUGCAAGACCAUCAGAGGGUAAAUCACCUCAGGUCCAUUCAGCAGAUAAGGCCAUUCCCCACAGUAAUCUGCCUGCACUGCCAUUAAGAAAGGCUCUGUCCAUCAUUUGAUAAAUCCCCACCUUGACAUCCUCCAGUGAGCAAGGUUUUUUUUUUUAUUCAGGGAAACUGCCACUUUGGGAAGGUGUUACCUUGGGGAGCGUUUUGGUAGAAAGAGCACUAAUGCCUAUUUAACACCCUGAUGCACCCUCAGGUGUCAUAGGCUACAUGCAGAAUGUUGUCUGUCUGUCUAUGUCUCUGUCCUAGAUGGCUUCCACUCAUGCUUAGAGGAGCAGAAUGGUGAUUGAGUGACCUUGACACCGUCCCCAGAGACCUUGAAAUGGGACACUUCCCACUGGGCACAGAUGUCAAUUCAACAUCAAUUCCAUGUUGGUUUGACGUAAUUUCAUUUAAAAGGACGUGGAAACAACAUUGAUUCAACCAGUGUGUGCCAAGUGGGUUCUCUCUCCAGGGGCAGAGUGGAUAUUUAGAGCUCUGCUCACUUGGCAAACUGUUCAUUAUACAUCAUCCGGUAUAACAGAGUAUAAGUAUGGCAUGCUAUUGAGACUCUCCACUGGCAGAAAACAGUGCUCAUAUCUUGAUCAUGAACAUGUCCAAGCCCCUUUAGAUAUAAUACCCUGGGUGAUUACACUGAAGUGACUUAUCAAAUCAAAUUUUAUUUGUCACAUGCUUCGUAAAAAACAGGUGUAGACUAACAGUGAAAUGCUUACUUAUAGGCCUUUCCCAACAAUGCAGAGAGAAAGAAAAUGGAUAAAAAAAUACAAAAAGUAAUAAAAUGUAGUGUGGUAUCGCGUCCAAUGCUGGUGGGUAUUGCUGUCGAUCAAAGAAUCCACUUAAGCUGUAUCGUGUUUUAGAGGCUUUUAUUAAUACCACGAGGUUACAGCAUAAGUUAACAGACCCGCGGAGAUCCGGAGAAGCAGUCCCAAAUGAAUCUUAAUGCUUUCUGCCCCUCCGUCGUUGUUCCCCCCUUAUAUAUAACCUCCCAAGAUGUGGGUGGCUCCCUCUACUGUCCAAUCCCCGUGUCUACAACACACUUCCUGUCUGUUGUAUGUGGCGCUACACUAAAACCUUCCCUCUUGAUACCAAAAUCAACAUUCUUUCAGUUCCACUUAAAAAAACAUUUAAGACCAUCAUAAUGUCAAUACACUACAGUAGUAAUAAAAGUAAUAAUAAAAACACAAUGAGUAACGAUAACUUGGCUAUAUACAGUGGGGAAAAAAAGUAUUUAGUCAGCCACCAAUUGUGCAAGUUCUCCCACUUAAAAAGAUGAGAGAGACCUGUAAUUUUCAUCAUAGGUACACGUCAACUAUGACAGACAAAAUGUGGAAAAUAAAUCCAGAAAAUCACAUUGUAGGAUUUUUAAUGAAUUUAUUUGCAAAUUAUGGUGGAAAAUAAGUAUUUGGUCAAUAACAAAAGUUUCUCAAUACUUUGUUAUAUACCCUUUGUUGGCAAUGACACAGGUCAAACGUUUUCUGUAAGUCUUCACAAGGUUUUCACACACUGUUGCUGGUAUUUUGGCCCAUUCCUCCAUGCAGAUCUCCUCUAGAGCAGUGAUGUUUUGGGGCUGUCGCUGGGCAACACGGACUUUCAAUUCCCUCCAAAGAUUUUCUAUGGGGUUGAGAUCUGGAGACUGGCUAGGCCACUCCAGGACCUUGAAAUGCUUCUUACGAAGCCACUCCUUCGUUGCCCGGGCGGUGUGUUUGGGAUCAUUGUCAUGCUGAAAGACCCAGCCAUGUUUCAUCUUCAAUGCCCUUGCUGAUGGAAGGAGGUUUUCACUCAAAAUCUCACGAUACAUGGCCCCAUUCAUUCUUUCCUUUACACAGAUCAGUCGUCCUGGUCCCUUUGCAGAAAAACAGCCCCAAAGCAUGAUGUUUCCACCCCCAUGCUUCACAGUAGGUAUGGUGUUCUUUGGAUGCAACUCAGCAUUCUUUGUCCUCCAAACACGACGAGUUGAGUUUUUACCAAAAAGUUCUAUUUUGGUUUCAUCUGACCAUAUGACAUUCUUCCAAUCCUCUUCUGGAUCAUCCAAAUGCACUCUAGCAAACUUCAGAUGGGCCUGGACAUGUACUGGCUUAAGCAGGGGGACACGUCUGACACUGCAGGAUUUGAGUCCCUGGCGGCGUAGUGUGUUACUGAUGGUAGGCUUUGUUACUUUGGUCCCAGCUCUCUGCAGGUCAUUCACUAGGUCCCCCCAUGUGGUUCUGGGAUUUUUGCUCACCGUUCUUGUGAUCAUUUUGACCCCACGGGGUGAGAUCUUGCGUGGAGCCCCAGAUCGAGGGAGAUUAUCAGUGGUCUUGUAUGUCUUCCAUUUCGUAAUAAUUGCUCCCACAGUUGAUUUCUUCAAACCAAGCUGCUUACCUUUUGCAGAUUCAGUCUUCCCAGCCUGGUGCAGGUCUACAAUUUUGUUUCUGAUGUCCUUUGACAGCUCUUUGGUCUUGGCCAUAGUGGAGUUUGGAGUGUGACUGUUUGAGGUUGUGGACAGGUGUCUUUUAUACUGAUAACAAGUUCAAACAGGUGCCAUUAAUACAGGUAACGAGUGGAGGACAAAGGAGCCUCUUAAAGAAGAAGUUACAGGUCUGUGAGAGCCAGAAAUCUUGCUUGUUUGUAGGUGACCAAAUACUUAUUUUCCACCAUAAUUUCAAAUAAAUUCAUAAAAAAUCCUACAAUGUGAUUUUCUGGAUUUUUUUUCCUCAAUUUGUCUGUCAUAGUUGACGUGUACCUCUGAUGAAAAUUACAGGCCUCUCUCAUCUUUUUAAGUGGGAGAACUUGCACAAUUGGUGGCUGACUAAAUACUUUUUUCCCCCACUGUACAUGGGGUACCAGUAUCGAGUUAAUGUGCAGGGGUAAGAGGCAAUUGAUGUAGAUAUGUACAUACAGUGUAUUCAGAAAGUAUUCAUACCCCUUGACUUAUUCCACAUUUAGUGGUAUUAGAGCCUGAAUUCAAAAUGGUUUAAAUAUAUUUUUUUCUCACCCAUCUACACACAAUACCCCAUAAUAGCCUCGUUAUUGUUAUUUUGUUGUUGCUCUUUAAUUUUUUUUACUUUCGUUUAUUUAGUAAAUAUUUUUCUUAAAACUGCAUUGUUGGUUAAGGGCUUGUAAGUAAGCAUUUCACGGUAAGGUCUACACCUGUGGUAUUAGGCGCGUGUGACAAAUAACAUUUCAUUCGAUUUUUGAUUUGAUAAUGAGAAAGAGCAAACAUGUUUUUAGAAAUGUUAGCAAAUUUAUUGAAAAUGAAAUUCAUAAAUAUCUAAUUUACAUAACUAUUCACACCCCUGAGUCAAUACUUUGUAAAAUCACCUUUGGUAGCGAUUACAGCUUUGAGUCUUUCUGGGUAAGUCUCUAAGAGCUGUCCACACCUGGAUUGUACAACAUUUGCACAUUAUUCUUAAAAAAAAUCUUCAAGCUCUGUCAAAUUAGUUGUUGUUCCUUGCUAGACAACCAUUUUCAGGUCUUGCCAUAGAUCUUCAAGUUUACUUAAGUCAAAACAGUAAUUCGGCCACUCAGGAACAUUCACUGUCUUCUUGGUAAGAAACUCCAGCGUAGAUUUGGCCUUGUGUUAUUGCCCUGCUGAAAGGUGAAUUAAUCUGCCAGUGUCUGGUGGAAAGCAGACUGAACCAGGUUUUCCUCUAGGAUUUUGCCAGUGCUUAGCUCCAUUCUGUUUAUUUUUUAUCCUGAUAAACUCCCCAGUCCUUAAUGAUUACAAGCAUACCCAUAACAUGAUGCAGCCACCACUAGGCUUGAAACGAUGGAGAGUGGUACUCAGUAAUGUGUUGUAUUGGAUUUGCCCCAAACAUAACAGUUUUUAUUCGGUACAAAAAGUUAAUUGCUUUUUUACAUUUACAUUUACGUCAUUUAGCUGACGCUCUUAUCCAGAGCGACUUACAUUAUUAUUUUCAUACUGGCCCCCCGUGGGAAACGAACCCACAACCCUGGCGUUGCAAACACCAUGCUCUAUCAACUGAGCUACCUCCCUGCCUGCCAUUCCCUCCCCUACCCUGGACGACGCUGGGCCAAUUGUGCGCCGCCCCAUUGGUCUCCCGGUUGCGGCCGGCUACAGCAGAGCCUGGAUUCGAACCAGGAUCUCUAGUGGCACAGCUAGCACUGCGAUGCAGUGCCUUAGACCACUGCGCCACUCGGGAGACUAUAAUAUAUAUAAUAAAAGCAUAAUAAAAGCAUUGCUUUGCCACAUUGUUUGCAGUAUUUCCUUAGUGCCUUGUUGCAAACAGGAUGCAUGUUUUGGAAUAGUUUUAUUCUGUACAAGGUUCCUUCUUUCACUCUGUCAAUUAGGUUAGAAUUGUGGAGUAACUACAAUGUUGUUGAUCCAUCCUCAGGUUUCUCCUAUCAGACUCAUUCAACUCUGUAUCUGUUUUAAAGUUACCAUUGGCCUCAUGGUGAAAUCCCUGAGCGGUUUCCUUCCUCUCCGGUAACUGAAUUAGGAAGGACACCUGUAACUUUGUACUGACUGGAGUAUUGAUACACUAUCCAAAGUAUAAUUAAUAACUUCAAUGUGCUCAAAGGGAUAUUCAAUGUCUGCUUUUUUUUUUUUUAAACCCAUCUACCAAUAGGUGCCCUUCUUUGCGAGGCAUUGGAAAACCUCCCUGGACUUUGCGGUUUAAUCUGUGUUUGAAAGUCAUUGCUCGAUGGAGGGACUUUACAGAUAAUUGUAUGUGUGGGGUACAGAGAUGAGGUAGUCAUUCAAAAAUCAUGUUAAACACUAGUAUUGCAUACAGAGUAAGUCCAUGCAACUUAUUAUGUCACUUGUUAAGCAAAUGUUUUACUCCUGAACUUGUUUAGGUUUGCUAUAUCAACGGGGUUGACAUUUCAGCUUUUCAUUUGUAAUUAAUUUGUAAAAAUUCUGAAAAACAUAUAAUUCCACUUUGACUUUGACAUUAUGGGGUAUUGUGUGUAGGCUAGUGACCAAAAAUCUCAAUUUAAUACAAUUUACAUUCAAGCUGUAACACAACAAAAUGUGGAAAAAGUGAAGGGGUGUGAAUACUUUCUGAAAAUGCACCUUUAUAAUAAAAGCAUUGUGUUACUUUUGAUAAUGGUGUUUUCCCGCUAAUGGAACAUUCGUGCUUACAGCCUACUGCCAUGUGUGCAUUGCUGGGCUUAUAAUGUGAAGAAAUAGCCUAAUAGUUUAUCAACAUUUUAAGCUAAAUGUUCUAAUCUGUUGCGUCAGCUACAUUGCAUAAAAACGUUUUUUUGAUGCUAGUGGUUGUAUUAAUUUGGGAUCUAUUGCAUCCCACAACUGUCCCAGACUAUGUUUGGAAUAUGUAUUUCUCGCACAGAAUAGAAUAGGUCAACUUUUGUACUAUGGGGGAUAGUAGAUUGACAUAGGCUAGUGCUUUUGCUGUUCAUUAUGCCAACUCAUAUUGUUGGCUGACGAAAAGUAAAUGUGGGCAGUUCUUCCAAUAUCUUCAAUAUGCACCUCGGAAUUGGAUAAGUAAUUGGAAAAUCCAUGCCGCAAAAGGCAUGGAUUUUUUUGGGGGUGCAUUACGGCCAUAAAGGGGAUGCCGCCGUGAAAUUCGAGGCAUUACCUAGUGCUUGUGAAAUUGUGAAUGAGAAACUAAUGAAGAGUGUACAGCCUGCGUAAAAACAAAGCAGAGCUCAUGCCUUUCAAGCAACUUUUUUCAAAUCAUCAUUAUAUUCGCAUUCAUGCAGCCUUACAAUGUAUUAAAAAUCUAAACAAAUAGCCCAACAUUUGUAGAACAACUAAAGUUACAUGAAUUACUCUAAAUUAAGCAUAUAGGAGUACCUAUUUCUUUGUUAACCGCUCAACGGUGGCACCGUCAUAGGAUGCCACCUUUCCAACAAGUCAGUUCGUCAAAUGUCUUCCCUGCUAGAGUUGCCCCGGUCAACUGUAAGUGCUGUUAUUGUGAAGUGGAAACAUCUAGGAGCAACAACGGCUCAGCCGUGAAGUGGUAGGCCACACAAGCUCACAGAAUGGGACCGCAUAGUGCUGAAGCGUGUACCGCGUAAAAAUCGUCUGUCCACGGUUGCAACACUAACUACCAGGUUCCAAACUGCCUCUGGAAGCAACGUCAGCACAAUAACUGUUCGUUGGGAGCUUCAUGAAAUGGGUUUCCAUGGCCGAGCUGCCACACACAAGCCUGAUCACCAUGCGCAAUGCCAAGCGUCAGCUGGACUGGUGUAAAGCUCGCCGCCAGUUGGGAACAAGUUCUCAUUUACAACUACGACCUGGCCAAGAUAAAGCAAAGCAGUGCGAUAAAAACAACAACAACACAGAGUUACACAUGGGAUAAAACAAAACAUACAGUCAAUAAGGGCGGCAGGUAGCUUAGUGGGUAAGAGCCUUGUGCCAGUAACCGAAAGGUCGCUGGUUCUAAUCCCCGAGCCGACUAGGUGAAAAAUCUGUCGAUGUGCCCUUGAGCAAGGCAUUUAAUCCUAAUUGCUCCUGUAAAUCGCUCUGGAUAAGAGUGUCUGCUAAAUGACUAAAAAAUUUAAAUGUAAUAACACAAUAGAAAAUCUAUAUACAGUUUGUGCAAAUGUAGUAAGUUAUGGAGGUAAGGCAAUAAAUAGGCCAUAGUGCAAAAUAAUUAUAAUUUAGUAUUAACACUGGAAUGAUAGAUGUGCAGAAGAUGAUGUGCAAAUAGCGAUACUGGGGUGCAAAUGAGCAAAAUAAAUAACAAUAUGGGGAUGUGGUAGUUGGGUGGGCUAAUUACAGAUGGGCAGUGUACAGGUGCAGUGAUCGGUAAGCUGCUCUGACAACUGAUGCUUAAAGUUAGUGAGGAAGAUAAGAGUCUCCAGCUUCAGAGAUGUUUGCAGUUCGUUCCAGUCAUUUGCAGCAGAGAACUGGAAGGAAUGGCGGCCAAAGGAGGUGUUGGCUUUGGGGAUGACCAGUGAGAUAUACCUGCUGGAGCACAUACUACAGGUGGGUGUUGCUAUGGUGACCAAUGAGCUAAGAUAAGGCGGGGAUUUGCCUAGAAGUGAUUUAUAGAUGACCUGGAGCCAGUGGGUUUGGCGACAAAUAUGUAGUGAGGGCCAGCCAACGAGAGCAUACAGGUCACAAUGGUGGGUAGUAUAUGGGGCUUUGGUGACAAAACGGAUGGCACUGUGAUAGACUACAUCCAAUUUGCUGAGUAGAGUGUUGGAGGCUAUUUUGUAAAUGACAUCGCCGAAGUCAAGGAUCGGUAGGAUAGUCAGUUUUACGAGGGUCUUUUUGGCAGCAUGAGUGAAGGAGGCUUUGUUGAGAAAUAGGAAGCCGAUUCUAGAUUUAACUUUGGAUUGGAGAUGCUUAAUGUGAGUCUGGAAGGAGAGUUUACGGUCUAACCAGACACCUAGGUAUUUGUAGUUGUCCACAUAUUCUAUGUCAGACCCGCCGAGAGUAGUGAUUCUAGUCGGGCAGGCGGGUGCAAGCAGCGUUCGAUUGAAGAGCAUGCAUUUAUUUUUACUAGCGUUUAAGAGCAGUUGGAGGCUACGGAAGGAGUGUUGUAUGGCAUUGAAGCUUGUUUGGAGGUUUGUUAACACAGUGUCCAAUGAAGGGCCAGAUGUAUACAAAAUGGUGUUGUCUGUGUAGAGGUGGAUCUGAGAGUCACCAGCAGCAAGAGCGACAUCAUUGAUAUACACAGAGAAUAGAGUUGGCCCGAGAAUUGAACCCUGUGGCACCCCCAUAGAGACUGCCAGAGGUCCAGACAACAGGCCCUCCGAUUUGACACAUUGAACUCUAUCUGAGAAGUAGUUGGUGAACCAGGCGAGGCAGUCAUUUGCGAAACCAAGGCUAUUUAGUAUGCCAAUAAGAAUGCGGUGAUUGACAGAGUCGAAAGCCUUGGCCAGGUCGAUGAAGACAGCUGCACAGUACUGUCUUUUAUCGAUCACGGUUAUUAUAUAGUUUAGGACCUUGAGCGUGGCUGAGGUACACGCAUGACCAGCUCGGAAACCAGAUUGCAUAGCGGAGAAGGUACGGUGGGAUUCGAAAUGGACGGUGAUCUGUUUGUUAACUUGGCUUUCAAAUACUUUCAAAAGGCAGGGCAGGAUGGAUAUAUGUCUGUAACAGUUUGAAUCUAGAGUGUCACCCCCUUUGAAGAGGGGGAUGACCGUGGCAGCUUUCCAAUCUCUGGGGAUCUUAGAUGAUACGAAAGAGAGGUUGAACAGGCUAGUAAUAGGGGUUGCUACAAUUUCGGCAGCUAAUUUUAGAAAAAAAGGGUCCAGAUUGUCUAGCCCAUCUGAUUUGUAGGGGUCUAGGUUUUGCAAGCUGCAGCGGGGGGGGGGGGGGGGGGGGGGGGCAGGGCUGGUGGCCGGGGUAGGGGUAGCCAGGUGGAAAGCAUGGCCAGCCAUAGCAAAAUGCUUAUUGAAAUUCUCGAUUAUCGUAGAUUUAUCGGUGGUGACAGUGUUUCCUAGCCUCAGUGCAGUGGGCAGCUGGGAGAAGGUGCUCUUAUUCUCCAUGGACUUUACAGUGUCCCAAAACUUUGUGGAGUUAGUGCUACAGGAUGCACAUUUCUGUUUGAAAAAGCUAGCCUUUGCUUUCCUAACUGAUUGUGUAUAUUGGUUCCUGACUUCCCUGAAAAGUUGCAUAUCGCGGGGGCUGUUCGAUGCUAAUGCAGUACGCCACAGGAUGUUUUUGUGCUGGUCAAGGGCAGUCAAGUCUGGGGUGAACCAGGGGCUAUAUCUGUUCGUAGUUCGGAAUUUUUUGAAUGGGGCAUGCUUAUUUAAGAUGGAGAAGAAAGCACUUUUAAAGAACAACCAGGCAUCCUCUACUGACGGAAUGAGGUCAAUAUCCAUCCAGGAUACCCGGGCCAGGUCAAUUAGAAAGGCCUGCUCGCUGAAGUGUUUUAGGGAGCGUUUGACAGUGAUGAGGGAUGGUCGUUUGACCGCGGACCCAUUACGGAUGCAGGCAAUGAGGCAGUGAUUGCUGAGAUCCUGGUUGAAGACAGUUGAGGUGUAUUUAGAGGGUCAAUUAGUCAGGAUGAUAUCUAUGAGGGUGCCCAUGUUUACGGAUUUAGGGUUGUACCUGGUAGGUUCCUUGAUAAUUUGUGUGAGAUUGAGGGCAUCUAGUUUAAAUUGUAGGAUGGCCAGGGUGUUAAGCAUAUCCCAGUUUAGGUCACCAAGCAGUACGAACUCCGAGGAUAGAUGGGAGGCAAUCAAUUCACAUAUGGUGUCCAGGGCACAGCUGGGGGCUGAGGGGGGUCUGUAGCAAGUGGCAACAGUGAUAGACUUAUUUCUGGAGAGGUGGAUUUUUAGAAGUAGAAGCUCAAACUGUUUGGGCACAGACCUGGAUAGUAUGAUAGAGCUCUGCAGGCUAUCUCUACAGUAGAUUGCAACACCGCUCCCUUUGGCAGUUCUAUCUAGACCGAAAAUGUUGUAGUUGGGGAUGGAAAUUUCAGAGUUUUUGGUGGUCUUCCUAAGCCAGGAUUCACACACUGCUAUAACAUCAGGGUUGGCGGAGUGUGCUAACGCAGUGAGUAACUCAAACUUAGGGAGGAGGCUUCUGAUGUUAACAUGCAAAAAAACAAGGCUUUUACGGUUACAGAAGUCAACAAAUGAUAGCGCCUGGGGAGUAGGAGUGAUACUGGGGGCUACAGGGCCUGGGUUAACCUCUACAUCACCAGAGGAACAGAGGAGGAGUAGAAUAAGGAUACGGCUAAAGGCUUUAAGAACUGGCGUUCUGGUGCGUUGGGUAGAGAGAAUAAAAGUGGCAGAUUUCCGGGCGUUGUAGAAUAGAUUCAGGGCAUUAUGUACAGACAAGGAUAUGGAAGUAUAUGAGUACAGUGGAGGUCAACCUAAGUGUUGGGUAACGAUGAAAGAGAUAACAUCACUGGAGGCACCGAUUGAGCCGGUCUCCGCAUCUAUGGGGGUGGGACAAAGGAGCUCUCUGAGGCUGCUUGAGCGGUACUGGGGGCUCUACACUGAAAUUGUAUAAUAAGAACUAACCGAAACACUAAUAUGCAAGGCAUAUUGACAUGGGAGAGAGGCAUAAAGGAAUCACAGGUGUUAUUCGAGAGAGCUAAGACAACAACAGGUAAUGGCGACGAAAGUUUGGGCUGAGGCUAAACAGAUAAACAGGAUGGGGGUACCGUGUAAAGGAAUAGUCCAGCAGGCAUCAGCUGUGCAGCUGAGUGAUCAUAAGGUCCAGUGAACAGCAAUAGGUGAGACCGGGAGCAGUUUGAAUGGCUGCUACAGCACAGGUGAGCAGGAAGCAUGGCUGUUGAUUGCGUGAGCUAGCGGGCCGGGGCUAGCAGAUGGAUCUUCGUGGUCGUCACAACGGGAAGCCUGUUGAAACCACAUCAGACGAUUACGUCGACAGACCAGUCGUGAUGGAUCGGUGGGGCUCCGUGUCGACACUAGGAGGUCCCGUCCGGUUGACAGAAAGGUAGAAAGCCGGGAGAUGGGCCUGGCUCGAGGCUAGCUCAAGGCUAACUGGUGCUUGCUUCGGGGGCAGUGGUGAUUAGCCAACAACAUCCAUUCGGUUGCAGCUAGCUAGUUGCGAUGAUCCGGUGUUAAGGUCCAGUGAUUCCGGCAGAAAAUCUGUUAUGUUCUUGGUCGAUAGCGCGCUGUGCAGACAGUGCAGACUGGCCAAUAAUAGUCCAGGCUAGAGCUGACUGGUUGGUAGUGCAAGCCACGCACAAUGGUGAAAACCGCUAACGGGCAAGUAGCUAGUUAGCUAGUGAGCUGGCUAGCUGGCUAGUUUCAACUGGAAGUUCUGGAUAAAAAGGUAAAAUAAAUAAUAGAAUCCGUUCCACAUUGGGUGAGGCGGGUUGCAGGAAAGUAUAUUUAGUUGAAGGAUGAAAAGUGUGAUUGAGAAAUAUAUACGAAAGAGACAAAAAAACAGGCUAUUUACACGGACACACUACAGAGUACACGACCGCACUUCUACGCUAUCUUGGAACUCUACGCUAUCUUGAAACGAAUUCUCUGGAGUGAUGAAUCACACUUCACCAUCUGGCAGUCCGACAGACAAAUCUGGGUUUGGCGGAUUCCAGGAGAAUGGUACCGGGAGAAUGCAUAGUGCCAACUGUCAAGUUUGGUGGAGGAGGAAUAAUGGUCUGGGGCUGUUUUUCAUGGUUCGGGCUAGGCCCCUUAGUUCCAGUGAAGGGGAAUCUUAAUGAUACAGCAUACAAUGACAUUCUAGACGAUUCUGUGCUUCCAACUUUGUGGCAACAGUUUGGGAAAGGCCCUUUCCUGUUUCCGCAUGACAAUGCCCCCUCGCACAAAGCGAGGUCCAUACAGAAAUGGUUUGUCGAAAUCGGUGUGGAAGAACUUGACUGGCCUGCACAGAGCACUGACAUCAACCCCAUCGAACACCUUUGGGAUGAAUUGAAACACUGACUGCUAGCCAAGCCUAAUCGCCCAACAUCCGUGCCCGACUUCAGUAACGCUCUUGUGGCUGAAUGUAAGCAAGUCCCCGCAGCAAUGAUUCAACAUCUAGUGGAAAACCAUCCCAGAAGAGUGGAGGCUGUUAUAGCAGUCUGUGUCUCUCUUUCUCUCUCUCUCUAAAUUCAAUUCAAAGGGCUUUACUGGCAUGGGAAACAUAUGUUUACAUUGCCAAAGCAAGUGAAAUAGAUAAUAAACAAAAGUGAAAUAAACAAUCAAAAUUAACAAUAAACUCAGAGAGAGAGGAAUAUUAUCAUAUUAUGGCUAUGUACAGUGUUAUAUCUCUGUCUCUGUCUCUGUCUCUGUCUCUGUCUCUGUUUUCCCUUCAUCUCUUUCAACAGAAAAUCCAGCCAUGAUGAAAAACACUCACAUUCCGAACAGUAAGUAUGGCACCCAUGAAGACCACUCACAGAGAAAGUUUCAAUUGUAG